GUUCUUCUGUUUAACUUUUAUUGAAAUCUUAAUAAAAAUUAUUAAAAAAAAAAAAAAAGAAGAUGACCAAGCACAUCCAGUGGGCAGAUGAAGAAGAAGACCAGAGCCAGACGAGGAGGCGAAGCAGCUGCAGGACGUGGGGUCCCUGCAAGAGCAGCCUGGCCUCCCCGCCCCGGAAGAGCAGAGCAGCCAAGGGCCACAGACUCCACCUGCCGAGGGCCCGGGGCCCCCUGCGCCCAGCCCCAGCCGGAGCGGGGCGCCGGCCAAGAGGAUGAGGCGCUGGCUGCGCGUGUCCCUCCGAGUAAGAACAGCGCCGCCUCCCAGGACGAGCUCUGCUAAGCCCCGCCCCCAGGCUGGGGUCUCCUCGGAAGAGGAGGAAGUGAAGCCCCGCCUUCCACCUCGCGGCUCCAUCCCGAACUGCCCUCCGCCUGCGCCAGGAAGCCAGCAGCCUUGAUGGACAGCUCACGGAGGAAGAACAGGGGGAAGCGGGGCGCCGGGCUGGCCAAUGGGAGGCGGCGCCCUGGCGGUGGCGGCCAAUCAGCGCGGGAGGGCGGGCGGAGGAGGAGGCGGGCGGGAGAAGGGAGUCGCUUCGGGGCGGAGGCUCCGGACUCGCUGGGGCGUCGAGGUGCAGGGCGGACGCGGCGCGGAGGGCAGGACGGAGGGCAGCUGGCCUAAGGCUCCCCGGAGACGGAAAGGUGAGCUUUGAAUCCAGACGUGUGUUCGGCUCUGUCUUUCCUCUGCUCGUGUCUUGUCUGCUCCACUUGGAUUCAUUUCUCCAGCUUUUCUGGUGGCCGCUGCUUCGGGUUGAAAUCAGAGACUGGCUAAUGUAAUUCUAACCUUGGCCACAUAUUUUGCUUAGUUCUUCUAGAAUUGCCCCCACCCCUAAUUGAGAAUGCCUUUCAGGAGCUGCAACAAAACAAACUGAAGAGCUGAGAAAUGUUCCCACCCGUCUGAUUGCCUUAAUGCACUUUCCUUAAGUGCACCAGACAGUUCAUUGAUUUGGGAAACAUGUAUGUUGGAAACUUGAGACUUGCUCCCAUCUUCAUGAGGAUGAAAUGUUCACUUUUAAAUGUUCCGUAUGCCUUACCUUUGGGUCCCCUGAAGCCCGCACAUCAGUUCCUAUAGUAAAACUACAUACAAUAUUAUAAAACAGAAUAACAACUUCAGUUUUAAAAAUGAGAACAAGAAUGCUGAGAACAAUUUUUUUUAUUUGGGUACCUGGUGGAAGAGGUUAGUCUCUACUAACAUUUCUAAGAGUCUACUUAGUAGAAUGAGCUUGGCAUAGAUUUCUUAGGAAUACUAUAAAGGCUGCCAUUAUCCAAAAAGCUUUAUUUCAAUAUAGAAAUGCAAGCUUGAGUUGUUGAGUGUAGUCUCAAUAUUCUCUCUCUCUAUAUAUAUAUGAACUUUGCUAUAUGUCUUUUGAAGGUUUUUGGGAUCAGAGUUGUUCAUUAAAUAUGCUACAUUUCCUAGCUCUUGCGCUUUAAAUUUUCUAGCCUGGAGCUGUUUGCUGCAAACUGGCCUAGUGUAGCCUUGAGGCCCUUUUGUGAAGCCAAUUUGCUCUCAUUAAAAUGAAAUCUAGUUUCUCAGCAUUCUCAAGAUCCUGGCCCUUGUCGUUUAAGAGAAGCCUUAGUUGAAUAAGUUAUACUUGAAUAAGUUACCUGUCACAACCUACGUUAGUUUAGCGUGUUCCUGUAAUCAGUAGAUUUAAGUCUUAUAUUUUAUAGUGGGAAUUAUCACUGGCAGUAAAAACCUAGGUCAUGACAUUUUAUAUUUUUAUUCAUGUUCUAAGUACUUAAUACUUGUUUCCAUUUGAGAUUUUGUGAAAAGCGGUAUGAUAAUUGUGUGGUGGUGGACUUUCUGGAUAGAGGCUUUCAUCCUGUUGUUGUUUAGUCGUUUAGUCGUGUCCGACUCUUCGUGACCCCAUGGACCAGAGCACGCCAGGCACUCCUGUCUUCCACUGACUCCUGCAGUUUGGUCAGACUCAUGUUUGUAGCUUCGAGAACACUGUCCAACCAUCUCGUCCUCUGUUGUCCCCUUCUCCUUGUGCCCUCCAUCUUUCCCAACAUCAGGGUCUUUUCCAGCGAGUCUUCUCUUCUCAUGAGGUGGCCAAAGUAUUGGAGCCUCAGCUUCACGAUCUGUCCUUCCAGUGAUCACUCAGGGCUGAUUUCCUGAAGAAUGGAUACGUUUGAUCUUCUUGCAGUCCAUGGGACUCUCAAGAGUCUCCUCCAGCACCAUAAUUCAAAAGCAUCAAUUCUUCGGUGGUCAGACUUCUUUAUGGUCCAGCUCUCACUUCCAUACAUCACUGCUUUCAUCCUAACGUAAGCUAAUUUAGAGAGGUUUGUGGGAGGACAGUUUCCGAUAUCCUCUUCCUCAUGAAGCCACCUGUGUCCCAAAUAGUCUGUCCAGAGAAUCAGAAGGGGAUUCCAGAAUCAUGUGAGAUGGUAUGCAGGGGAGUGGAGGGGUAGAAAACACUUCUGUGGAUUUCUAUAAGUUAACUUACUUUAGGAUCCACGAUCUGGCUGAUCUCCCUCCACCAUGAUGUCUUAAACUCCUCCUAUUUUUUUUUUUUCCAUGAGGACUCCCCCCAUCCAGAGAUGAUUUUCAGGGGGUGGAGGUGACUUCAGAGGUCAGGAGGGGACAGGAAACGUUUCUUUCUUCACCAUCUUUCCGUUCCCUUAUUAUUCAACAAGCCAUAUUAAUGACUUUGCAAUGAUGUGUGUUGCAAAAACCCAGUCUUGAACUUUAACCCAACUUUUUAAUUUUUACUUAUUAUGAAUUAACUUAGAAAUCUUAGAAAACUGCAUAACAUAGCUGAAGUUUUCAGAGCAGUGAAUAUGGAGGACUGCAAUAAAUACCUGGAUCUUACCUGAUCUUCUUGAUAAGAUAUAUAUCUUCGAAGAGAUACUGUCAUACUUUACAAUCUUUCUGGCUUUUCUGCUAAUCACAAACACUGGCUUAUUAAUUCAGACAACACAUUAAACCAAAAUAAGCAGCCUUCUGUAACAGUUGCUUGACCUAAUGUCCAAAUGGACAGUGUUUGUUGCUAUGGCAUCUGCAAUACAGGCCUGACCCUUGAGACUAUAAAAACGUCUAUAUCAUUAUCUAGCUAGAGUAUUGUGCUGAUCUAAAUGAUACAGCUUUUAGUCUUAAAGGGAGCUUCCUAGUUGGGAGGAGUUGCCACGAAAGGGGAACGAACACUUGUCAUACAGAAAUGUGUAUACUUGUUGUGCGUGCAGAUUAUGUAACAUGCCAAAUGGUUACUCUUGCAGGCUGUUUCACAAGUGUCAGUUGUUACUGAGUUUAAAUUCAGUUGAAGUGCAAAAUGAACUCCUAGCUUCCAUUGUUAACAUAGUCUUGGUUGGAGGAGAAGGAAUUAACUGAUAGGCCAGGAGAACACUGAAUGGUUUGAUUCUUUGCUGUUGCAUGACUUCCCAAUUUUACUAUACUGUGGAAUCAGCGUUCGAAAUUGAAUGGUUGCCAGUCGGUUUUUUGUGACUCACUCCACCUAGCAAAGGAGAUCUUGAGAUCUCUGGCUAGUGUUCCCUUUCUGUUUGCUCCCCAGGAAGCUUUUUGAUGUGCUAAAUGAGCUGUGAAGAAGCAGUUGUGAGGGGACAGACACUUUGUGGUUUGCAAACAAAUGGAUUGCUUCUCUCUUGCAGAGGUGGGGCGCAGCAGGGGAGAUCUAGCUGUUUUGUUGUGACUUGGCAAACUGAAAGAAAAUGAUUCACCCCAGUGAGAGCCAGUGUGGUGUCUUGGUUAGAGUGCCUGUAGGACUAGGACUUGGGAGACCCGGGUUCUAAUCCCCACUCAGCCAUGAAGUUCACUGGGUGUUGCUGUCCUGUGCAUGCCUAAACUUAAGUCCCAAUGUGUUCUCUUUAUGACCUGUUUUGCUGUGGCUGGUCACAACCCUCUAAAUACCACAAAUUGCGAAAAGAACCAAAUGUAUUCUCUCUCUCAAAAAACAGAAAGUGCUGCUGCAUUGGGGAGAAAAAUGGUGACUAGCCAUUCUGUUUUUGUGCCCGUAACGCAGGAGCCAUGUGGCAAAUAGCUUUCCUAUCCCAAUUUCUAACACGGGGGGAUAUGUAUGCUGUCUGAAUGUGUCAACAGAAUUUAAAAAUUAUUGUGGCAAGAUAAAACUCUGUAUGCUUUGAAACUGCUUUAGUAACAAACAUUUUUUUAAAAAUCUGAUUCUUGUACAGUGCAGUGAAGACUGCCACAUUUGCCUAAAGGCUACUGAGAUGUAAGUUAGGGUUCUCCUGUGUCCCCUCACUGUGUUCAAGACCUGUGCUUGCUUAAUUUUUUUGCUGAUAAGUAGCAUCUGAGCAGGCCUUCAGGCUAUGCAUAGUUUGAAACUAUUACCUACUGUAGGACUUCCAUGCAAAUACAUUAAUAACCAUUUAAGUUUGGUGGUACUUGACUUUCAAUUAUGUAUUUUAAAGUGAAACUUGUUUUGUGUAUUGACAGCAUAAACUGGAGUUGCUGUGUGAGUUUAGAGUUGUGGAACUGCCUGCUCCUUGCACUAUGUUCAGAUUACAUAUUAUAAAAGCAUGACUCUUUCUUACUUAGACAAACAUUUGCUUUAGAGGCAUUUGGUUGAUUUCAUGUAUGUGACCUGUAAUUAGUUGUGCUGACUUGGCUUGGCAGGGUAGGGUGGUAGGCUAUACAAGCAUUUGAGAAGGUAAGAAAUGUUGUUUGCUAAAUAGACCUUAAGUUGGGUGUAACUUCAGUCUAGGGGGGAAAAGCAAGACUCUCCAAGGUCUCUUAGGAUGCUUUAGCUGCUUAUGAAUUGGGUUUUUUCCCUGCACAUGCUAUAUAUUUAAUUGUAUUGAGACACUUUAAGGCAAUUCCAGUUCAUGUAUGGAAGAAUGACCAAAGGUAGACAAGUAACAGAGCUCUUGAGUCAGAUUCAACCCUGGCUUCUAAGAGAUCCCUCCUGAUAAAAUUCUCAAGAUAGAAAAGGUUUCCAUUUUUGAUAACUCUGGGUUGUACUUCCCUAGAGGGGAAGCAUUGCUGGGAAGCAGGGCAAUAGGUAGAAGGUAAAAAUUCAGCCAUGAAGCUCACUAGGUGGCUUUAGGCUCAGAGACAAUGGCGUAUCCAAUGUACCUUACAGUGUGGUAGAGGAUAAAGUGGAAUAGCUCCAUGUCUACCAUCUUGAGCUCCGUGAAGCAAUGUGAGAAUCCAAAGGAGACUGAUAUAUGUAGUUGACAUUCAUAAUGACAGCACUCUUUAAUACUCUAGUUUGGGAAGGCUUUCUUUGGGUCACUUCAAUUGUGAUUUAGACUGAUUUAUUGCAUCGUCUUCCGCAUGUAAUAUGAAAAUCACUGCUUUUGAUUCCUUUUGUCUGAAAAUCAGCAUAUAUUUGGGGUAAUAGUCUGAGUGAAUUCAUAUUGCUUAUGCCUCUUGCAAGUUGGCUUAAGGCAAACAUUUUAUGAAAAAAAGUUUUGGUGUACCCCUCAAAAGAAAAAGCAGACAAAGUCUAAUGAAUUUUAAAGCACUACUAAAGUUUGUAUAAAAUCUAUUAUCCCAGUAGUUUAUUUGGGGAGCAUUAGACAAGGUACAAGUUUGUCAUCUGAAAUAUGUCUAGGGAAAUAUAUUAAUCCCUGUGGAAGUACUGUAUAGUUUGUAGUUCAACUGGAAAUACAGGUUAGUGGUUCAUGAGCCUUGAUAAUGACACAAAGUCCAUGUCUUUAAAGGUUAAUCAACCAAGGAACUUAAUUUCAUCACUAUAUCAGAACUGUGACAAGUGUUGUAUUCCCAUAGAAACCACAAUAACCAGCAUCAAGAGCUACAUUUCCUUACUUCUUUCUGUUCUGAGAUAGCAGUGCAUUGCAUGCUUUUCUUCUGAAAAGGCAUACAACCUGGUAACAUGUCAGGAAAGAAUUAUGGAUUAAAACAGUGGAAUGAUCCAUAUGCCUCUUACUCAAAAGCAGCACAAAUUACAUUGUGUGUGGUUUAACUGGCAUUUACCUGAUUUACUACCUAGCUUUAAUGCUAUCAGUUAUUUAUUUGACUUAAUGGUUAUUGCAUAGCUAGUAUGCAAAUUAAGCUUAAUUUAAACAAUCUAGUUUUUGAAAUACCUGGAGAAAACACGGACGUUACUAGUGGCCAACAUAAAAACACAUUAUACUACGUAAACUUUCUAAAGUGGAAAGUAAGCAGGGAAUAAGAUGAAGGCAGAAGGAUAAAGGUAUGGUUUUUUUUGGCAUUAAUAUGACAUUUAUUUUUAAUCUGUAAAAACAAGUGGCAUCUGCAGUGCAGUGUGGUUUGGUUCAAUGUUCCAACCAUACCGUUCUAUUCCCCAUCCUCUGUUUUAUUUUUCUCCAUCAGCAUUCUGUGCUUAGUGCCCAAUGAACUAUUUUGGGUUGCUUGCCCCUUAAGGGCAAUAUCCAUGAUUCCACAUGUGAGCAGAAAAAACAGAAUUUCCUCUCCCCCAUCCCAGGUUCCCUGAAAUUUGCUUUGCAGAGUCCCCAACCCUCAGGGAGGAAAAAAGAAAUGGAAAAUACUGUUAGGUGAGUGAAAGCUCAUUGAAUGGGCAGAGUGAAACCUUUGCCAUUUUUUUUAUUACAUUUAUAUUUCACCUUUCCUCCAAGGGGCUCAAGGUGGCACAUGCGGUUUCUCCCACUCUCACAUUUUAUCUUCGUAACAACCCUGUGAAGUAGGAACGCUGAGAGGCAGUAACUGGCCCAAGGCCACUCAGUCAGCUGCAUGGACUCUAGUCUCCCAGAACUCUAACCACUAAACCACACGGGCUCUCAGGACAUCAUGCCGGUUUGUAUGCCAUCCUUAGUCCUUUAUUUUAAAGGUUUUGUGCACUUCUGCAAAACUCAGGGUUUCUCUUAGCAUGCUGAAACUUCCCUCUUAUGAAUGGAUGGAGCUUUUUUGACUAUAUAAUCGCCAGCAAGCAGAUAAUUGAGAUCACUAUUAGCAGUUCUCUCCACACAUAUUUCUUCUACCACUUAAAUGAAAAAAAUGUGAAUUCAAAUGGUAAUUGAUGGGCCACAGUAGAGGAAGUGUGAAAUGAAAUUAUUCAGGGAUCUGCUCAAAAUCUUCAUAAAACUUUCUGUAAUUUGGAGCAAAGAAGGUGGCAAUACUUAAACAUGAAACCCGCCGUACUGUACUGCAAAUAAUUCUGGACAGGGCUAUAUUUAAGUUAUAAUGGUCGAUUCUUCUUGUAUAUUCCCGAGAAUACAGUUCUUGCUUUAAAAUAAGGCCUCUAGCGCAUCACUCAUACUCUGACCCAUGAAAUAGCAGUAAGAUCAUGCUACAGGCUGCUUCUAAAUAGUUUUGCCCUCAGAAUUUCUUCACAAAAUAGUGUGGAAAGAAUAUGUUGGGAAAAUUAAGCUCUGCUUCCUGUUAGGCUGCAUGCCACAUAUUCUUAUCCCCUUUGGUAGGUUUUAAGGCAGAUGAAAAACCUGCUUCCCUUAUCUCAGACUUGCAGAACUACCUCAUAGAAUGAAAUAACCAAAGCCCCAAACAUUAAGAUGAAUGCCUGUAAGAGCAGAGAUUUCUAGCAAAAGAGAGAGAUAAAGAAGAAUAACUGAACUUGUUGCAUGUGAAAGCUAAUUGCUAUCUGGUGUUCUACUUUGCAGAAGGUGCUGUUCCACUUUAGGCACCUGGUUGUGAAUAGGUAAUGGUAGUAUCUGUGAGCUGUGCAGACUCUGGUUUAGGGUAUCAGCAGAGGAAGUAGUACUGUGAACAGUUUAUAUUAAAGAGCCGUGUUCUUACAUUGGAUACAAUCCCACAAUAUAUUGGGAUGCGUUUCUAGCUUAGAUAGGGUAUAGACUGUGGAAUUCAAAGUAGCACUAAUGAGAUUUGACCUCCUGAUGGAAUGGCCUUCCUUCUGUGCAUCUGUGUGCUGUUCUGGGUGUUCUCCCAGCUCCCCUCACCGUUCUGGUUAUCACAGAAUCAUAGAAUUGUAGAGUUGGAAGGGUCCCGGAGAGUCAUCUAGUCAUCCAUAGCUGUCAACCGUCCCUUAUUUGGCGGGAAACUCCCUUAUCCCAGCGCCGUUUCAUGCUGCUGUCCCGGAUUGAUGAUGUCCCUUAAAUUUCCUGGGUUUCAUGCUCGCCCGGCUCGGGAGGGAAGCAGCGCCUCGGGGUUCUCUGCCGCACAAGAGAGCGCGCGCGCGAGCUGCCACGUCCCCGUCUCUCCCUUUUCCCCCUCAGGGGUGCGUCGUGAGGAGACGGGUGGCGGCGGGCGGGCGGGCAGUCCCUCUCUUGCAAGACUUCCGCCUUGCUGCCAGGGGAAGCCGGAGGGAGCAGGAAGAGGAGGGGAUGGGGAGGGACGCAGAAGGGCGGCACUUCAGCAGCUGCGCCACCGCCGCAACUGCCUCAUGGCGGGCUCACGGGCGGCGUGGGCGACAGUCUCUCUCCAUCCCCCCUCUCUCUCGGGCAGGGAAGGGCCGAUGGAACUCCUCGCGCCAGGACGACGGCAGUCCCGACGUGCUGCUUAGCAUACCCUCCAACCAGUACAGCAUCUUAAUGUAGUGAUUUCCCCCUCUGCAUCCCUUUCAUAACGCUAUUUUUAUUAAUCAUUUGUCCAUCCAUAGUUCAAAUUUUUACUACAAGUUUUCUGUCAAUCCUACCAACGUAUGUAACUCUUUCCAAUAGCUUUUCAAAUAAAUUAUAAACUUUCCCCAUUCUUUAUUAAAGAGGUCCUCUUCCUGGUUUCUAAUUCUGCCUGGAAGCUUUGCCAUCUGGACGUCGUUCAUCAGUUUUGUCUGCCCCUCUUCUUUGGUGGGAGUCGUAGACCCUUAGGGUCAUCUAGUCCAACCCCCUCAAAACACAGUCAGUCGCAGCCAAAGCAGCCUGGCUCCAUCAGUGGUGGAUUUCUGCAUAAGCUAAGCCAAAAUCCCUUAUUUUGGCUGCUGAUCCCUUAUUUUCGAGGCUGCCGGUCCCUUAUUUUCAAAUCUGUAAGUUGACAGCUAUGAUCUAGUCCGACCCCUUGUGAUGCAGGAAUCUCAACUAGACCAUACUCGGCACAGGCCGUCCAAACUCUGCUGAAAAGCUACCACGGAAGGAGAGCCCCAUUUUGCUAGCAGGACUUACUGGACUGGCUCCCGUUAGUGUAACUACUUAGUUGACUCUGUAUCUUUCUGUAGCUAAGCCAAAGAACGUGUAAUUGAAAUAAUCACAUAUUCUUCCCCUACCUACAUGGGGCUCCAUUUCUCCCCUUCCUCUGUUGCCCUGUGUAUACACAGAAAUAUUAAACAAGAAUCCUGAAUUGAUUGGUUAUGUAAUAAACUAAUUCAGACAAAGUACAGGGGGAAAUCAUUUUUGAAAACUAGGCAUCUCUUCCUGUCAGAGUAGGAUGGUUACGAAUGAGCCCUGGGGGGUGGUUGAGGGAGACCACCUUAGCCUGAAUAUUGGGAGCUAGAUGGUUGGCAGCUCCUCAGGGUGAGGGGCAUUAGGAACCUGUCAUACCUGUUUGUUGUAAAAUGCUGUGUACACAGAUGGUACAGUAUAAAAUAAAAUAAAAUAAAAUAAUAAAGGUGGUGUCUUAUUAAGGCAGGAUCAGUCUAUUAGCCAGGACAGAUAAGUGGAACCUCUUGCAUGCAGACGCUGUGGACAUACAACGGUGGAGGGAUGCUGUUCUCUUGUGCUGCUUGAAGCCUUUGCCAAAAGGAGAGAUGGCAUUUUCAAGGGGGGGCGGGGAGUUGAAUUAGGAAAAUUCCUAAUUGUCAGGGCUGGUCGUUGUCCUCUUCAGAUCACCACACAAACGCUUCUUGUUCUUUUAUAACUUUUUAUUGCGUAUUAACAAACCAUCUUGUAAACGGUUCUUAUCUUUCACUAUUCUUCCUCAGAGUCCCUUAUUUCAGAUACCUUCUGAGCUCUGCUUCUCUGUGACCAGCCACCCUCAAAAUGGCGAAGGCGCCAUUGUUCCUUUCACUUUCCCGCUCUUUUUUCUACCCUCCUGGCUAGAGCUGGCUUGUAUCUCCCCUCCUCCCAAUCUGAGCUAGAACUUAGCCCUUGCCUUUCCUGGGAACAUCCGGUCCCUCCCUGUUGUUCUCUUCUAUUAGCUUCACUGCUCUCCUCCCCACCUUGGGGAAAAGAUUAUACCAAAAUAUAAUGAUACAUUGACAUAAUAAUAAUAUAAUAUCUUUAUUAGACAAUUGAUCACGUUCUCAGUGUGACAUUAGAAGUAUACUUGACUGCUCCAUAAAGACCAUCUCUAGAAUCAAUAGCCGUAUAAUACAGCAAGGUGAAGAUCAUAGAUGACAUUUCAAAGUCCGGGCUUCCCAUUCAGGGCCGAGAUCGCUCUGGAGAAGAAGCUGUUCUUAAGCACUGGUUACUUCGCUCUGUGUCUUCAACCGCUCCUUAGUAUUCUCCAUUCCGAGCUGGCAAGAGCUCGAAGAGACAGUGACCAGGAUGCGAUGGAUCUUUUACUAUGUCCAGUGCCUUCCUAUGGCACCUUGUGGCAUAAAUCUUGUGCCACAACCCUGCACAACCCCAUCAUGUCCUGGGUAGUACAGCUUCCGUACCACACACAUAAGCCAUAAGUGAGCAUGCUCUCAAUGGCACAGUGAUAGAAGGCAAGCAGCAGUUUCUGCGGAAGAUGGUUUUUCCUUAGUAUUCUCAAAAAGUACAGUCUCUGCUGCGCCUUCUUCACAAGCCCCCUUGUGUUGACACUCCAGGACAGAUCCUCUUGUAAUUCAAUGCCCAAAAAUGCAACCUUGCCAUCGCACCCGGACCUGUUAUGGGGGCUGGUGUCGGGGGAAGCUCGGGCUUCCCCCAUCCCCAGCCUGGCAAGCUCGGGGGGGAGGAAAUAAUUCCCCCCUCCCCCCAAAAUAAGUGCGCCCUAUGGGCCGGUGCGCCCUAUAGGGCAAAAAAUACGGUAUUUAAUACACAACAUGUAUAGUUUGAUCUCUGAAGAAGCCAAACAUGUAAAAUCAAGUCUCUGUUGUUUAUGACAUUAGUGUCAGGGAAGAGUUAGAAGUUCCCAGUUUUCCAGAGGGAGAAAGUUUUCCCAAACUUCCGCUGGCUUUGUGUGGGUGAGUGAGUGAAAAUGCAGAUAUUGGUACAGUGGUACCGCAGGUUACAUGCGCUUCAGGUUACAGACUCUCCUAACCCAGAAAUAUUACCUCGGGUUAAGAACUUUGCUUCAGGAUGAGAACAGAAAUCGUGCUCCGGCAGCACAGCGGCAGCAGGAGGCCCCAUUAGCUAAAGUGGUGCUUCAGGUUAAGAACAGUUUGAGGUUAAGAAUGGACCUCCGGAACGAAUUAAGUACCACUGUAUUAUCAAUGAAAUCACAGUCUUGUAGGUGUUGAAUACUAAUGGUUAUUGCCCUAAUUUCUGUGUUCUUUCAGAUUUUGAGUAUGGCCUGAAUGACUGACCUAGUUAUGCUGUCAGUAAUUGCUUCAAAUCUGAGGCUUAAAUGUGAUGGCAGCAAACCUGUUUAGAAUCAUGGAAUUGUAGAGUUGGAAGGGACCCCGAGUCCCACAUCCCCCUGCAAUGCAGGAAUCUCAACUAGAUCAUCCAUGACAGAUGGCCAUCCAGCCUCUGCUUCAAAACCUCCAAGAAAUGAGUGUCCACCACCUUGUACAUAAAGAUGGGUGGAUUUAUUUUUUUAAGUGCAAAAGGUGAUAAUGGUAAUAACCUCUCUGCAGAUUGUCUUCCUGGGACUCAGCUAUACAUCUGGAAAUAAAACGUUUUAGGUGUGUUUUAAGUGCAGUAUACAAUGUGACACUAGAUGGCGAAAAUUCAAUGUAUUUUUAAAAACACUUUUUAAAAAAAAGCAUUUUCAGAACUUUUUUUAAUAUGUGUGUAGUUUCCACUCUGGACACUUUAAAUUUCAGCCAGCUCUGUGGUAAACUCAUCUAAGAGAAAAGUGUCUGUGUGCAUGCAGGGGGUGCAAAGGGGAUUCAGCUCUCUUUUUGAUCAGGUUCCUCGCCCACUCAGUCUGAUUACAGAGCACUGUCUCACUUGAAAACAAAAUUCUGCAUCCCCAAUGUGUAAGUAAAACUGAACAUAUUGUGGCAUUCCAGUUACUGUAUUUUUAAAUAAACCACCAUAAGGCAUUCUGUGAUUGUCCUUUGCUUGGCUAGUAUGGUAUUGCAGUUUUCACUGGGGCUUUGAAACUUCCCUUUUUUUGGUGCAAUUGGGGUUGCUGUUCAUGAAUAUCUGAUAGAUUAGCAGUACUGGAUAUCCCAUGUAAAUCUGUCCAUUCAUUAAGACCAUCCCAUUCUGUGGGGCGGGGGGGUUAGGCAGGUGUUUAGGGCUUAGGCUUCUUUGCUGGUACUGUCCCACUAAGUGAAUACCCUCCUAAGAAGCACUUCUUUGAUGCUGCUGACUCCUUUUUCAGGCUCCAAAUUCGUUUUAUAUUCCUGACCAUGUCAUGAUUGGUUGAUUUGUUGAUCUGCAACAAAUCAGUUUUCAUUGAUCGGCUUUGACCUUGUAUUCCUUAAUUUAUGUUUCUGUUCACUUUAUUAUUUUGUUGGUUGCUUGGAUGUUGGCAAGUGAAAAGAAAAGGAUAAUUUAGCACAAUUCUUUCUGAAUCUUGGUAUUUGGAGGGUGGGCAGGAUAACCUUUUUCUGGAAUAUAGACUGUAUCUGGUGAAUACGUAUGGGUUCCAUAUUAUUUAGUAGUGGCUUGAAAUCCUUCAGGCUACAGGAAAAAAAUGCCAGCAUAAUGUUAGCAUAACCUUGAGCUCCUGCAGACUUUGUGGUUUUUUUCCCAAGGCACUAUCUUGUGAUCUUCAUCAAACUAUGUAAUUAUAAAGAAGGUGACGUAAAGGAAACUCCUUCAUUGUUAGUCUUCAUGUGUGUGCGUCUGAACAAGAAAAAUAGCGUUAAUUGCUGCUGUUGAUCCUAAUAUAUUUUUUAAAGAUUAACCAUUCUAUGUGGAAAUAUAGAAUUCAUUAAAAUCCAGGGAAUAAGGAGGUAUCUCAUCACCUUGUCUUAUCUUGGCUGAAAAUUGGAUUUAUAAUUUGUCAGACUAGCUGUUGUUAGACUGUUUGUGAGUUGCCUAGGAGGUAGUGGCUGGGAAAUGAAAUAAAAAUUAGGCACCAUUCCUUUCCGUAUAUGUGCACAUAAUAGGUAUAACAUAAGAUCUGCUGAGUAAUUCUUUGUCCAACUGAUUAUAUUUUUUGUUUCUUAGUUUCAGAUAUUUUCAAUUUCUUGGGAGAGGCAGGUUAGUGCAGAAACUGCAGUAUAUAAGCAGUAAAAAAACAAACAAACAAACAACGUUUUGGCUGGUGGGGGAAGAGAUCUGCAGUAUGAAAGAAUGACCUUAUCUUGAGCUACAAGGAGUUUAGCUGCCAACAGGAAAUGAUGAAAUGUGCCGUGAGAAUUCUGUUUGCAGAACACUGCAGGUAUUACAGUUCUGUUAGGAGAAGACAGGCACAGGGUUCACAGAUCUACAUGAUUAUGCAAGCAUGUGAAAUGGGGAAGAAUGUGGAAUGCUUAAGGUAUUUGUAAGUAGCUAGAUGGUAUUGCAAACUUAGUUUAAAAUUAUUGGCCUAAAAGAAACCUCACCUAUAGGAUAAUAGAUCAAAUGCUAAAUAUGAAUUAGUGUUGGCGUGACUGCAAGCACUUUCGGAGCACCUCUAAUAUAGAAGGUCAGGGAUUAGUUAUUUGUGGAUUUACUUAAUUGCAGGUACAUUAUAUUUGUUUUUAAUGGGAUAUAAAGUUAGGCCUUCAUGUAUUGCCUUUCUCUGGUGUUACCGUUUCAUUGCCUGUGUUUCUUUCUUAAUUUGUUGUUAGCCAUAUCAUGUCUGGCAUAAGGGGCAUUUUUUAUCCAGCUAAGGUAGCCUAGGCUUUUCCAGAAUAGUUCUGUCCCCAUCAAAGAUAGAACUGCUGUAUAAUGUCAAGUUACUUAAGGUUUCCUAGUUACUCAAAGCAACUUACAUAGUGAGUCACAAUUAUUUCAAAAUGUUUUCUUUCCUUCACUUUAGAAAUUCAAGUGAUAUUCUGACUUGCCACUAUUAAAAGAAAGACGUAGUAAUAGGAAUUGAGGAACAAAGAAGUUUUGUAAAGCUUUGUAAACUCUUCAAAACUUUAAUCCCUAGUUAUCUGGACCAGCUAAACAGGUGUUUGUUUUUUUGAAAUUUAUGAUGCUGGUAUCUUCUGUUGAUAGCUUAGUGUUUUUUGUGGAUUUGGUUUUGUUAAGCUGGUAUGGAUUUUUUGGGGGUGGGGUGAAUUGAACAAAUUUUAAUGAAAUUAAAAGUUAACAUUUGGAAAGGGCUUCUUAAGGUUACCAAAAGUAUAUAUGAGUUUCAGUAUUGCAUUAAAUUGGGAAGCAAGGGAUAUUGCUGAAUAGAUGGAAAAGUAGUGUUAUUAUCCAUUACUGUAUGUGAUUCUGCAAAUUGUCUAUUAUGAAGGUGGAAGAUGUUGUAGAGGAACAUCUGAGAUUUUAGUGUCCAUUCAUGGCUGGUACUGUUUGUUGCUAAAUAAAGUAUUUGUUUGGCUGAGUUCCCUUUAAAUCUAUGGACAAGUCAGAAUUGUUCAGUUGGAGUGAUGUUUUUGGUUGCAAGUAGCUUAACCCCACCAACAUUUGUGGCUCACUAGUGAGGUCAAAAUGUCAUUCUUAUGGCACUUGGGCAGAUGUGUAGCUUCCCCUGCAAGCUGCAGACAAGUUUCUCCCCCUUCCCUGUUAUAUUUCGCAAGGCAAAGUGUGUGAAGGAGUUUGAGUUUGCCUAUCUGGUUCUUCUUCAUUAGUUGUUACUUGGGAGAGUGAAUAAUGUUUAAACCAGGGGAGACGAAGUAGUAUCCUUCAGUUGUUGUUGGACUAUAACUCCUAUCAGUCCCAGGCAGCAUGGCCAAUUUCAUUUUUCACUUUUCAUUUUCAUUUUCCUUUUAAUUUGUAUACCACAUUUCCAUUUUGCUAUCCUCAAGGCGGUUUACAAGCUGAAGAAACAUCAAAAUAUACAGCAAUCCGAUCCAAUACAAAUAAGUCAUAAUAAAAGAUAUCACUUAAAAAAAUUCUGAGGGGGGAUGAGAGUUUGGUAGGCAUUAUUUUGUCUGAUUGAACACCUUUUUGUUCAGUGAGUGUGCAAUCUGCCUAUACUGCAACUGUCUGUAGUAUGCAUGGGCUUUGAAAGUGGAAUCAUCAUCAUCAUCAUCAUAACAUCAACAAUUACUUAUAACAUCAAACAUGAAAAACGUCCUGAUACAGGACAGCCUUCAAAUGUGUUUGGAAAGUUGUAGAAUUGUUUAUGGGAGGGUGCUCUAUAGGGUGGGCACCACUACCAAGAAGGUCCUCUGUUUUAGGGGCUCCCCCAGCCCCCUAGAGCCCCUUGGGGCCACACUGGGAGGUGUGGGGGGCAGGAAAGGGACAGAGGUUUCCCUUGCACAAGUAGAAGUCUUUGCAUGAACAGGACCCCUUCUGUUUCAUUUCAGUAUAUUUCAGCUGGCCACUCCAACACAGAGACUGAAAACAGCCUCUCCAGUUUAUCAUCCCAUGAUACCUCAAACAGAAAGUGUUUUUAAAACCCAUUUAGAAGACAGGAGGUUGCUGUUCAUAUUUCCUUAAGAAGGAAGCUCUGUAUCAGGGUCAGCAACCUUUUUCAGCCAUGGGCCGGUCCACCGUCCCUCAGACCAUGUGGUGGGCCGGAUUGUAUUUUUUGGGGGGAAAUGAAUGAAUUCCUAUGCCCCACAAAUAACCCAGAGAUGCAUUUUAAAUAAAGGGACACAUUCUACUCAUAUAAAAACAUGCUGAUUCCCAGACCGUCCAUGGGCUGGAUUGAGAAGGUGAUUGGGCCACAUCCGGCCCACGGGCCUUAGGUCGCCUACCCCUGCUCUGUAGGAAGUGCCCAUCAGGAAGGCCCUAUCUAUCUCUUGGACCUACCAGGCUAGCUUCCCUUCCUAGUUAGCAAACAAGAAACGCUGAUCUUAAUGUUCUAAUAGGUUCAUAUGGGGUGUAGGUCGUCCUUUUAAGUGGCUUGACCCCAAAUGUUAGUGGCUUUGAAGUUCAUUACAAGUGCUUUGAAUUGAGUCUGGAAGCAAAUAGGUAACCAGUGCAGCUGAACCAGAAUGGUGUAACAUAGUUUGAGCAUUUAUUCCUCCUCAACACCCAAGCAACUGUAUUCUGUAGCCCCUGAAACUUUUGGACAAUGCAAAUUGCAUUGAAAUUGGAUGCCAGAAGGGCAGGUGUCACUGUAAGAAAACAUCUUUCUCUAGAUAGCGUCACAGCUGGUGAAUUGGCUUGAGCUGAUAAAUGGUGCUCCUACUCAUUGCCAGACCACCUGUAAUUUCACCGAUCAUAUCUUAUUCAGGAGGACACCAAGCUGUGGCUUGGUCUUCCUGAUGUGGUCUACUAGUAAUGAACAGUUGGCCAGAAAUAAAAAGUUCCAAUCUUAAGCUCUGGGGACAUUGUGUGGGGUUUUGCUUGGCAUGCAGUGCUGUGCUUGCAAAGGAACCCUGUUCACGCACUGGUUGCACAACAAGGCAUUGCAGACUGGCCAGGUCCCAAAGAGUUUUUAGGUGUGUCCAGCCGAAUAUUUUUACUUUGAGCAGAGGGCGCUGAAAGCAGAAACUGCUUUUUCAAACUCAUUAAUUUCACAAGAGACGAAUAGUGUGGCAGCUUGGAGGAUGGGUUCCUAUUUGAGAAACACAUGCUCAAAGCACCUCUGGGCAUUUAGAACUAGUUGCCUUGCUGUUUGGACCUGGGCCAUAAUGUGUAAUUUAUUGCAUAUGUUAAUGAUACCACAUCUUAAGGAAACGUUUAAAAAAAAAAAAGUUGGAUUUUCAUACCUGGGAUUUUUCAUGACAGUUUAUGUUGGAUGCUAAUUCUCUGUGAUGCUUUCCAGAAUAUUGAGUGAGUAAUUAAAGAAAUGGAUUGUAAGACAUGGGUGUGGAACCUGUUGAGUUUCCAGAUCCAGGUGGCGACCAUUUCAGGCGCAACCAAUGGACAUGCGUUUGCGAACGCAGGAGAACUCUUGGCUCUGGAGGAAGGUGUAACCGGGUCAGGGUGGAAUUGUUCACACCACCAAUGCUCAUGUGGGCUGGGAAAGGAACCCCUGUGUGAAAUGGUUGCCGCCUGUUCUGGUGUACUACAACUCAUAUUAACCCAGACCACUGACCGUGCUGGCUCGAACUAAUGGGAGCUGGGAGUCCCAUCAGGAACUGGAGAGUCACAGGUUUCCGACACGUGCUGUCAGAUCAUGCCUUACAUGGGGUGGUGGUGGUAUUUCAUGAAACAGUUUUUGUACCCAAUGCGCUGCAUCCUAAAUUGUAUUCCUGAGCUCCACUACUGUGUUCUGUCCCUGAGCAUUUUCACUAGGAAUAUUCUAGCUUGCCUCCACAAAUAUCUCCGAAUGUCAUGAGGAACUUAAGUAUUUUGCUGGGGACUAAGAUGGUAGGCUUGGGUAGGUCUGCUCAUGGUUCAGGUAGAAAGAUGACUGCCCAGGAGGAGUCAUUGAAGUAUGCUUCAAGGCUUAAAUUGUUCUUAGAAAGUCGCUUCUGGUAUUGUCUUAGAAACAGUUUUAGGAGGGGAAAGUGGUGAGGAAGCAGUUUUGGGACGAGGAAGUGGUGAAGUGGUGCAGAUUCUGCCUUUGAAUGCAGUCAAUAGAAAGGAGUCAGUUUUUCAAAGUGAAUUUUGUCAAAGUGAAAGCAUCGUCCUCUAGUGUGAAGUGUCUGUUGUAAUCAACUUUAGAUGCUAUUUAAAAACAAUUUAGAACAUCCAUGUGUGUAUCAAAGUUCAGUUUAAGUUCAGCUAAUCUGCUCGGAUCUUAAAACAUCACAUUAGCAUGGGAGACUAUUAUGUAAUAGGGUCAUGUGAUCAGCCAGGCAGGGAAAUGUUUUCCUGUAAAAUAAUUCUCCAUUACUUAAUCCUAAAACCCUUGCAGUCAGGUUUUGCAUAUUGGAGCAUUACAACUAUGUUCAGACAUGAGCUAAAGCAUGUUUGGUCGAGAUCAUUGUGGGUAAAAAUAAUGACUUACAGGCAACUUGCUAGUAAGUACUUAAUAGCCUUAACUGAGGCUAGGCUUCUUCAUCCAAGUCUCUGAUCAGUUUUAUUCUAUCUAGUUAGUAAAGUGAUGCCUUUUUUAAGCUAUUGAAAUUUUGUUUGUUGUGGGUAUUGCAUUUCCUAGAAAGCAGCACUGUCAUUAUUUAUUUAUCAAAUAAUCAUUGAAGAGGCUGAUAAUGUACUGGAAAUGCCAAUUAAUUUAUUUCCACGUCAUCAAAUAUUCUAUUUCAAGCAAUCAUGGUUUGCUGUGAUUUGACACCACAUUUUCUCAGCCAAACUUACACCUGUAGUACUAUUUCUAGGUAACAUGUUUGGCCUCUUUCUGAUACUUUUGAGGUAUAUUAUAUUUACAGGCCAAUCCUGUGAGUGUUUGAGCUGAAGCAUUUCUUGGUAAAUGUGCAUAUAAUUGCAACAUUAUUUUCCCAGUCUGAUUUCUAGUCAUUUCAGUAUCUUUUAAAAUUAUGGAAAAUAUUAUAAUUUCACUUUUAACAGUUGUAAUGGCUUCACUGUGAUAAGUGAGUAACUAAUAUAGAUGAGGACAUUCUGUGUGUAACCCCUGAUCCUAUACAGAUAAUUUCCUAAAGUUCUUAGGAAUAUCUGACUGAUCAUUAGGAGAUGGUCAUUAGGGCAACCAUUAUUGGAAGCCCCCUCAGAAUGAUGCUGUGUCAUGAUAUGGUGGCAUUCCAAGGAGAAAAAUGUGGCUGUUGAGAUUGAGAUGAGCAGCACCAUUGCCAAAGUCAGUCAUCCCCCCUUCAAAAAAACCUCACACGUUUGUCCCUCCUGUUUGGUUCUCCCCCCAAUUCUGAGCCAACGUUUCCCUGAGCUUUGCAUGGGGAGGCAUUGCCAUAGCACAGAGGACUGGCUGCCCUCAUCAUGUUCUGCCACUCUAGUGCUCUCUCUUCCCACAGAUGCCCUUGGCUUCCAACCUUGAUGGUUUCAGUUUCCAGCGGGAGCUCAACAGUUUCCGUGCUUUGGGUGAGACUUGGAAGGCUAGCAGCUUAAAGGGAGGCUAGGCGAUUUAAAAAUCUGAAUGCUCCUUUAAGCAGUCCACAAAAAUCAAUAGCUGUCCGUUGUUCAAAAUACUUUUCUUCUCCAAAUUUGGCUAAGUAUAGCAUAUAGCUGAAGAAGAACAUGCAACUUUGUGGUGGUUGUUUUUGCAGUCAAGUGGUUUAUAAAUUGUGCGACAUAAAUAAGAAUGGUAGGUUUAAAUCUGGAUCAAGAGUACACUGUAGUGGUUCUAGGGGUUGCUCGUGCGUAAGCCGGUGCAAACACCUGGCUGGGUUGCCUGAGUGAACCUUUUCUGUCCGGACAGCCACUCACCCGUGGCAGAAUCGCUGGCAGAAUCCGUCAGUGGGCGUUUCUUAAACUUCUUCCAGCAAAGAAGCUCUUUGACGCCUAGUCUCCUCCUACUCUCUCUGUGCGAAAGCCUUCUGCGCAAGGAGGGCGUAGGCAGUGGAGGACCCCUACUCUCCCCGCUGGUCCCAGGCAAGAAGUCAUGGGACCGCCUCGCCGCUUCCCCAUCUGCCCCCCUUCUCCACUGGUGCUACGCUGAUUCUCUUCCCCAGAAGAUGGGCUGCCUCUCCCAAUCCCGGGACGCUCUCUGGAAUCCCUCUGGAUCUUGCUCUCUCCCUCCGGCACUGAUGGCAGUUCCCUGACAUACACAUAAGUAAUUUUGCCAAGCCUUUUGAGCACCUGGUGAUGUGAGUUAAUUAUUUUUAAUAUUCUAAGAAUGAGUGACAUAGUCUUUCCCUUUGAGAUACUGAAUUCAUUUCCACUCAUUUUUUAUACAGCUUUGUUUUGUGAAACUGAGUCUAAAUGUGUCACAGCUCCCUCAUUUUUAAAAAGUAGUCUGGACUAUUAAGGAUGAAACACAAUCCAGUUACGCUUCUCUACUGCUGUAGAGAUAAAUGCCAGGGCAAUUGCUUUUGUGCUGAGUGGGGGAAGGCAAAGUCAAUCUCUUUCAUCAGAUAUGUUAAGGUACUGGCUGUUCUUCUAAUCAUUGUAUUGUAGGAGACUGGAGUGAGUCAUCGCUAGCUUAAUGUUGGUAUUUUAGUAUCUAGUUUAUUUUUAAAAAGUCCUGUGUGAGUAGAGAUUUUUCUGGCGUGGUCGUUGCUAUGACUUCAUAAUAUUUCCCCAAAUAUGCCUGUUCCUACUUUCUCACCAUGUAGCAUCAAUGAUAUGUACAAACCUUAAAAUUAAUAUUAGCAUAACUUGAUGUAUCAUGAAGAAAGUGCUUUAUUCAAAAAAUAUUAUGACUUGUCUGAUUGGAAAGAGUGUGUGUUUCUUCACUGCUGUAUUAACCACUCCCAGGUUCCCUUGGCAUGUAAACAUUACAAAGUCAUAGGCUGAAUUCUGAAAGGUAAAUAUUUCCAUAAGGUUGGUCUCGGAAGCCAAUUUAUUAAAAACAAAAGGGCAUUACUGUAUAUAAGUUUGAAAAAGAUCUUAUAAUUUGGAGGUUUGAAUGACUUUCUUCAUCACAAAUGAAAAUUUGGGACAGUAGAAAUUUAAAUAGAGCCAAGGCUGCUAUGGGUAAGCUCUUUGCUGUCUAUCUCUCAGAGUUGCCUGGCUAAAAUUUCAAAAUUUUGGUGGUAGCAGUGUAAUCCUUAGCUAGAACUCAGCAUGGAGGUUUGGCUAUAUUUUGGUCUGUAUGAAUAGCAGUUUUCAUGACAUGCACCUUGUUCUGCACUUGAUAUCUAGAUGUAUUUUGUAAUUGACAACCAUGAAAACACUUUCCUGUAUGCAUUGAACAAAUCUUUUGGUUCAAAUCUGUUCUGUGUGAACUCAAAAUUAAGGGCUUUUGCUAAGCAUUUUGCUUCCAAAAAUGACAUGCAUUGAUUAUGAUCCAGGUGGUGGUGAGAUGGUUGACAAAGAACGUUCAGGCUUGGCAACAAAAAAUGAUUUCUGUAAGUAGCUGGAAUAUAGUCCAAGUCGACCUGAGCACAUGAGGAAAGGAGAGGACCAAAAAUCCUUACUGAUGCCAUUUAAAAUUAGAAAACAGCCUUGUCUAACUGCUGUAAUGUAACCUUGCUGGUACAUUGGCCCUGGGAGUUUGUAUUCUGACUGCAGAAGCUCCAAGACUUGCUUGCCCCUAGACCUGUUGGCUUUGCCUGGAGACUGGAUGCAAAACAGGUGACUUGGGCUUUGUUUACACAUAACAAGAAACCAAACUGGCUUAAUGUGAACAUCCUUGCUUUCUGGGAGGAGAUUGCAAACACUCUGCUUCCUUCUUGUCCUUUUUGGUCAGUUCAGCAUGGCACUAAACCCGAGUUUGGCUUAUCAUCCAACUCCGGGUUCAUGGGUGAGCUGUCUGCUCCUUCAUCACCAUCUGUAGAGAAGGUUUGUUCCUGGGUACAGACUGUGGUUAAGGAGGAAAGAGCUUUACCAGCAUUCUGGGUUCAGACGAUACACUAAUCCAAACGUUGACUUGGCUGCAGAGGAGAAAAGUGGAUGUGAGCUCCUUUCUUGGAGCCAGCAUGUUUGUGCAGUCCUGGUAAAAGUUUGGCUUACCGUGACAUGUGAACCAAGCCAUUAACUUAAUAUUUCGCUUGAGUAUUUUACUCUUCUGACAGUUCAAUCCUGCCAGAUAUGGCUCUGUAUAAUAUAAUAUAAUAUAAUAUAAUAUACAUAAAACAAAUGUCUUUCUCUCUCUCUUUCCACUGCAAACUUAAAAUAAUUUUAAUUCUUUAAAAAUGUGCAAGUUCAAUUCUUUGUUCCGCUGAUCUUUGUAUUUCCUCUCUACAGACUUUGAAGAACUCAUAUUUACAAGACUCCGGAUUGCACUGGGUGUGUAGAGAUGUCUGACUCGUAUUAUGAUUCUGUUGGAGAAGAGGUUCCUAGUGACAGCUUCUGGGAGGUAAUUAAGAAAAAAAAGGAAACAAUAUGUUUUUUAAAAGUACAGGUAGCUAUGUUGCACCAUAAGAAAUCCCAAAAUCUGUAUUGGAGCGACAUUUUUAUUAGACCAAGCAAAAUACCAUAAAAGAGUGUGCUGGCUUUUGGCUUCUCCAGAACUUGUCCUCAGGCUGACUGGUAAAUGUGUUAUGUGCCCUGAGUGCUUGUGUUUGGGAGGUGGGGAAACAGCAUUUUCUGGGUGGGGUUGCACUCCCUUGAAAGGAGCAGCCCACAGGUUGGGCUGUGGUCCUGGAUUCAGCAUUCUCACUGGAGGCUCUGGUUGCCUCAGUGGCCACGAGUGUCCUUUUCCAGCUCCAGCUGGUUCACCAGCUAUGGCCUCCUUUGGACAGAAGUGACUUGGCCUCUGUGCUCCAUGCUCUGGUAACUUCCAGGUUGGAUUAUUGCAGUGCCCUCUAUGUGGGGCUGUCACUGAACUCGGAAACUUGAAUUGAUUCAAAACGCAACUGCUGAUGUUCCAUUUAGAUUGCAUAUAAACCCUGUUUUAAAACAGCUGUAUUGGUUGUCUCUCUUUUAUCAGGGUUUCAGUUAAUCGGUUUAAGGAAUUAUUGGAUUCGAUACUAUACAAAAUGUGUGAAUGGAUUAAGUCAUAAACUAGACUUUUUCUGCCUGUGUUUUCUCAGUUCAGUAUUGACUUAAAUUUUAUACUUUACAUUAAAAAUAUUAUUUAUUGCUUAUCAUUAUUGUCUGCCACCCUUCACUCUAAGGUCCCAGGAUGGGUUACAACAUUAAAACACAAUAUUAAAAACACAUGAGCCUACGAUUUUUAUCUGCCUUGGUAAACCCCCGCCCCCCAAAAAACCACCCAUGUUGCUGGCAAGCUGUGCUGCCCUCACAAGCUUUGUAAGCGUUGGCCUGUAGAGCUUUCAGUUUGUGUCUGGGAAAUCUAAGGUUGGGUCUCUGUCCAUUCGUAAAGCUUUCUUGGCAGCCUUGGCAAGCUACUAUUUCCACUUAGCUUACCACAUAAGGGUGUUGCACAGGUAAAAUGGGAACUUCAGUGUAAUGUAAGCCACCCUGACCUUCAUAGAGGAGGAGCAGGCUAAAAAUAUGCAGGUUCAUUAGAUUUAAAAUCUGUCUUCAUUGGGGAAAGUAACCAUUGAUGGGAAUAACAUUAUUGAAUUACAGACCUCCAUUAAAGUGGUGUGCCUCGGAAAGUCUCUGGAUAGAUUGCAUCUUUAAAUUGCACUGUCAUUGUCAGUCUUUCUACUGUGAAAAAUAUCACAUUUUUGUGCUAACAGUAGAUUUACCCUACCCCAUAUGUUUCAUUCUUGGCUAUUUGUGGGGUGUUCAGGAGUGCCUCCCUUUUGGACCAGCUUGGUUAUAGUCAAACCCAAAUAGAGCUCUACCCUUGUUACCCCUUAGGGUGGGGAGGUGAAGGAGAUUUCAGAGAAGUUGUUGACUUAAUUCUUUGCCUUUACCGUGAAAUAUUUGGGAAAGAUACCUGUUUCAAUUAAGCUGACUAGUGCUGUUCCACUUGUUCAUUAAUCAUCAGAAGUUUGGGUUGAGUGGUAAAGUUGUCAAGUUUUCAGGUUUUUCUGGAUAAUGAAAUCUCUCUAACUGGGGAGCUGACCAACAGAAUGGCAAUUUAGGUUUGAUAAGUAACUGGCGCGGGCGGCGCUGUGGGUUAAACCUCAGCGCCUAGGACUUGCCGAUCGCAUGGUCGGCGGUUCGAAUCCCCGCGGCGGGGUGCGCUCCCGUUGCUCGGUCCCAGCGCCUGCCAACCUAGCAGUUCGGAGCACUCCCGGGUGCAAGUAGAUAACUAGGGACCGCCUACUAGUGGGAAGGCUAAACGGCGUUUCCGUGUGCGGCUCUGGCUUGGCCAGAGCAGCGCUUCCCCACGCUGGCCACGUAACCCGGAAGUGUCUGCGGACAGCGCUGGCUCCCGGCCUCUAGAGUGAGAUGAGCGCACAACCCCAGAGUCUGUCAAGACUGGCCCGUACGGGCAGGGGUACCUUUACCUUUACCUUAAGUAACUGAAACUGAUGAACAUUGGAGGAGAAAGAGAUCUUGGAGUCAUUAUAGAUAGCACAAUGAGAAUAGUAACUUUGUAUGCAGCACCUGUGAAAGACUAGCGUAAUUCUGUGAGAGGGAUAAUUAGGAAAGGGAAAAAGAGAAAUAAAUCACCGGUGUUGUAAUGCUGUUACGCACUUUGAUUAUAUGACCCUAUUUGGAAUACCACAUAGGGGUGAAGCAGGGAUGAAGUAUCUAAGGCAUAGCCCAACGUGCUGUUCUCAGAAAGGCUAUUGUAGGGCUAGAUAACUUGCAAAAAAGGGCAACCAAAAAUAUCAAAACCAAAAGCCUCCAAAAGUUUCCAAACUGUCUUCAGAAGCAGCCCCACAUAUAACACAUGACAGUAAUCCAGCUAAUGUUGGGGAAGGUAACAAGUAGGUAAGCUUGUGAUGUUCUGCACUUGGUCGCAAUAGCCAUUGGCUGGAAGUGAGAGAGUUCCACAGCUCAUUCCACAUACCAAAUGAACUUCAGAAUCUAUCCUUGGGAUUGCUUUUCAGACUUGAGAUUUUUAUAAAUCAUUUUGAUAUGACAUAAAUUGUCUGCUGUUUUAAAGAGAGAGAGCCCACUGAAUGUGUCUAAGCCCUUGGUCCAUGUCAAAGUAGCUUUCUGCCUUCUGGUUAUAACCCAAGUAGAAACUGAUUCCAGAUGUAGUCUACAAAAUAACUAAAUGGGGGAGACCUUGCGGGAAGAAACGUACCUGGUGGAAAGCUGAAUUUUCCUCUUUUCUCCCCCAGCUGCAUUUAUAGAUAUGCUAGGCAAAUCUCAAGAUUCCGUUUGCCCCCCAAAAUAUAAAAAUAUCGAUGUUAAAAAUUUAAUCUCCAGCUUUCAUGUUCUGCUACUAGGGAUAAAAAUGUGAAGGUUUUGAAGUAUUGCUACAUUUCAUUUUCUGCUUAAGCGAACUAUCGCAAAGAGGCCUUUGCCUUUGCGUAUGCUAAGCACAGGAAACCAACUGGUAACAUCUUUCCGCUUAGUAUAAAAACAAAGUAUGGUUAACUUUUUGGAUCUUCUUUGUAAACAGUGCUUUGUUCAAAUUUUGCUUGCCGGAUUGCAAAGAUCAAAAACUAUAAAAUGCUCUCAGAGGCUAUUUUCCAUCAGAAGCAUUUGACCUGAAAACAAAUGACACAUUCUUUUAUCUUUAGCAGCCAAGCAGAAUAAAUUUCCCAGUAGCUUCCCCCCGCCCAUCCUCAGUUAUAUUUGCAUAGUAUCAUCAUGGCCCAUUGUUUCUUUUUUUAAACUAGAUUCCUGUUUUGCAGAUAGAACCCAGACUCUAUUCAGUCAUCACGACAGACCGUGGUGCUGGCAAAACGAAAUCAGAAAGUUCAAAACUAUGGUGAAUUGCGGUUUGCAAACCAUUUGUGGUUUGCUGUGAUGUCCAGAUUGGCAAACCAUAUUUACACCUGCUGUUCUACCUCCAGAAAAUAAUUUGCUAUGACCCAAGUGCUGAGAGGAUGGAAUACAAAAGCAGAUGAACUGGUCUGGACCAUACAUUGCCUGUUAUUUGCAUUGCAAGCUCAUCCUACUGCUUUCUGGCUUGUCUGAAUUGAGCCUCAGGUUCUGCUUGUGUGGGCACAACUAUUCGCCUCUAGAAUUUGUCAAUAACUUUGCUAUUGUAGGAAUUAUGCAGCCUUUAAAUAUCAGAGGCAAGUCUUUUUAUUUACUUAUUACAUAAAAAUUAUAUACUGCAGGAUUGUAAAAUACCUAAAAGCCAUUUACAAAAAUAUAAAAACUUUUUGAAAGUUACUGAAGUGUGUUCAUGAUUGCAUUUUUAUCUCUGACUUGCAUUUACAGUACUUUUUGUGUUAUAAAAUGAGGGUUUUUUUACUCAAAAUUUAAGUUAAACAUGGGGGGUGGUCUUAUACAUGGGUAGUGCAGAGGGGGGACGGGCGAUUGGUUGCAGCCGUGAACAGGAUCUUGUGAUUGGGUGGGUGAAUGAUGUCUGCUGUAAGGGCUGCUUUGUCAGUUGGGUGAGUUAUUUGCAGUUAGUUGCGGAUGUGUAAAGGGCUGCUUUGGAUUGGCUGCCGUGGCUUGCAAUUGUUAGCGUCUCAGUUGAGUGAGAGAUUUUCGGCAUUCACACCCAACUGGGCACUCCCCCCCAGAAAACAACUCUUGUCAAUCCUCCCCGAAAAAAGCUCAACAGCUUUGGGCAAUCUCCCCUCCCCCAAAAGCUCGACAACUCUGUGCCAUCUCCCCCCAUUUUCUUUAAAUCAGGGACUGUGAUCUACUCACAGAAUGAAAAACUGGCAGUGAUCUACCCCCCUUGAAAUCGUGCGCAGAUAAAGGAAAGAGGGAGGGGGUGGAGCCGAAUGCUCCUUUUGCACCUGCGGACGAAAAUGAGCCCGCGACUGACUUCUAACAACCGCGGGUCGGCCUGUCGAUUGUGGUUGACCUGUUGGACUCCCCUGCUUUAAAUUUAGUCCCCCAAAAUAGGGGGCGUCUUAUAAACGGGGGCGUGUUACACAUGGAAACGUACGUUAGUUUGGCUACAGUAUUUAAUUACCUUCUGCCUCCCCUCCCCCACACUCUCCAAGGCCAUGCAAGUGAAGUUCCUGUGAAGUUCCCAUGAAACCUGACUGCAGUUUGUGGAAGUUCAAUCCAGGAGCCACCUUCACGGUUUAUAGGCAGCUCCUAUUGCACUUUGAACUUAAUUGUGGCUUACAUAAAGAUGUCACAGAUCACCAGUGAAUCUUAGCAAUACAAUAUAAGAUUUAGUAGAUCCCGAGUAAAUAUCAUUAGGGAUUUGACUGUUGUGUGCAUGAGGAUAGUGCUAAAAGCAGAUUGUUUACAGUGGACCAAAAGGUCUAAAGGGUUUCCCCUUCUGAAAGCAUCAGGUGAUACUGUUCCGUAUAAGCUGUGCCAGUUGCAAACGUCACUUAUGAUGUACUCCGUAUUAAGUGGAAAUACUUGCAAGUGUAUUGCCAGAAGGGAAUGCGCAACAAGGACAUGGUGUCCGUCUUGAGUUUGGCAAGACAACAGCUUCAUUUGUAAGUGAGAAUAUUUGGCAGAUGUAUUUGUAUGCUAAGAGGACUUCAAAUUUCACUCCUGUAGGGAGUCUCCUGUGAUUCUGCCAAUGCAGAAACUACAAGGGCUCAGAAUACCUUUUAGUAGCAGUGAGAGUCUAAGCUUCACUUUCCUGCCCCUUUGAGGGUUGCCAACUGAAAAAAACAUUUGUAUGAAUUUCUUUGCCAGGAACACCAUGUCAAACCAUGUCUUAGUGCAAACUAGGAAAUGUGCAGGCUCCUGAGCAGGAGAUUGUGGCAGCUUUGCUCCUACAAUCAUUUUGCUGCUGUGCUAUGUUAAGCCACAAGCCCUGGUUUGGACGACACACUAAGACGAACCAUAGCAGCGUGCCUAAGGGCAGCUCUUACCCUUUUCUGUGGCUUUAGAGGCAGGUCUACAUGGCGGGUGGGUGGGGAAGGAACUGGAUGGGGUGAGAGAGCCUAAGGGGGUUGUUGCCGUGACUUUCAAAUCUCGCAGAAUGAAGCUGUGAUAACCCCAGAGUCUUGUCCUCUGCUAGCUGCAAUGAACUGGUUGACUAGGUGGACUCUGGGGAAGUGGUGCAGCAGCCUGGAGGCUCUCAGGAAGCCGCAAUAGGCCUCCCCAGAGUAGUCCUAUUUGGCUCCUAGGUGACUGGCAGUUAGAAACAAGCAGUGCUUUCAUUCCCAGAUCAGUCCUCACAAUUCUGCUGCCCACCCCAUACACCCUUGGACAUGAUGCCUGUUCUCUUGCAUGAGGAAAGGACAGCGGACAAACCCUUAUUCAGGACAGGGUAAUAAUAAUAAUAAUAAUAAUAAAUUAUUAUUUAUACGCUGCCCAUCUGGCUGGGUUUCCCCAGCCACUCUGGGCGGCUUCCAACAAAAUAUUAAAAUACAGUAGUCCAUACAUUAAAAGCUUCCCUAAACAGGGCUGUCUUCAAAUGUAUUCUAAAAGUCUGGUACUUACUGUUCUCUUUGACAUCUGGUGGGGGGGGCGUUCUACAGGGCGGGUGCCACUACCGAGAAGGCCCUCUGCCUGGUUCCCUGUAACUUGGCUUCUCGCAGGGAGGGAACCACCAGAAGGCUCUCGGAGCUGGACCUCAGUGUCAGGGUAUAUCCUUCAGGUAUACUGGGCCUAGGCCGUUUAGGGCUUUAAAGGUCAGCACCAACACUUUGAAUUGUGCUCGGAAAUGUACUGGGACCCAGUGUAGGUCUUCAAGAUCUGUGUUAUGUGGUCUCGGCGGCCGCCCCCAGUCACCAGUCUAGCUGCCGCAUUCUGGAUUAGUUGUAGUUUCCGGGUCACCUUCAAAGGUAGCCCCACGUAGAGCACAUUGCAGUAGUCCAAGCGAGAGAUAACCAGAGCAUGCACCACUCUGGCGAGACAGUCUGCGGGCAGGUAGGGUCUCCGCCUGCGUACCCGGUGGAGCUGGUAAAUAAGCAGCUAUCUUAUCUUUAAAAGACAUCUGAAAGCAGCCCUGUUUAGGGAAGUUUUUAAUAGUUAAUGCUGUAUUGUUUUUAACACUUGAUUGGGAGGUGCCCAGAGUGUCUGGGAAAACUCAGCCAGAUGGGCAGGGUAUAAAUAAUAAAUAAUAAAUUAUUAUUAUUAUUAUUAUUAUUAUUAUUAUUAUAAAAAAGGCAGUGUUGGCUCUAUGGAACAGCCUUGAUUUUUAAGAUCUUUCUUACAGACUGUGCUCUAGGCUUUGUCUUAUAUGAAAAAUAUGCGGCUGGUUACAAAUAAGGCGAGCAACACUUCAACAUUCCUAGCUAGCUCAGUUGUUCAUCUGAAUGUAACUGUUAGAUGAUGAUGAUGAUGAUGAUGAUGAUGAUUUUACAAAAUAACAGAACUCUGGUAAGUAUGAUGAGUUCUAGGUGUGUAAGGGAAUUGGAUUUGGUCCUCAAUAGAAAACACAAAUAAAAUAGUAUUAGGAAAGGUGAUUAUGGUACUUUAAGUUGGAUUUCUUAGAUAAGAAAAUGCCUACCUUUUUAACACAUCAAGUGCAGCAAGAUUGCUUAUAGCUAAAAAUUGGAAUUCUCUCAAAUCUUGACUCCUUGGUACAUACCUGAAUGUAUUUAGGGAAUAUUUCACUGCAUUCAGAAUCAUGGUCAUUUAAUAGUAUUUGAUUGCUUGUGAUUGGCAUUACAAACUGAUUUUCAGUACAAGUUUCAUUUUUGUAAUUAACCUAAGAAUGGUUGUCACGUUUCUAGGAACAGAAAAACAAUUGGCGUCCAUUUUAAAUAAGAGGUUGGAUUUGUUGCCGUAGAUGUGUUUAUAUAAAUGUUUCUGUCUCUCUUUUUAGGUUGGAAACUAUAAGCGGACAGUGAAACGCAUUGAUGAUGGGCAUAGACUUUGCAGUGAUCUGAUGAACUGCAUUCAUGAGCGUGCAAGGAUAGAAAAGGGCUAUGCACAGCAGCUCACUGAAUGGGCGAAAAGGUGGAGACAACUUGUAGAAAAGGGUAAAGGGAACUUUUGUCUAUUUUGCGUGUUUAUGUUUUCUGUAUCGAUGGCAGUGUGCAAGUCCACUUAAUUACUUAGAAGAUCUUAGCGGGUUAGUAGGAAGCACUGAAAAAAGUGCAGUAACCCUGGAUACCAUCCUUUUUCCAAAAUGUUAGUGAGUAGCUGUUUGCCCAGAUUUCAAAAUCUACCCAAUUUUUUUUUAACACAAGUGAUUUGGUAAUUUACUUGAGUCUAGCAAUCCUUAAUUAAAUUAGCCCUCUAUUUAAAAAAGGUGAAAUAAUAGAACCCAACAAGUUAUGAAAAACACAAAUAUAGGUCCUGGAGUUGAUUUCUAAGAAGGUUUAAGAGAAAAAAAUAGAGUGAAUGCAGGUUCAGUCGUAAUGGGUACCUAAAAAUAUAUACCUAUCCUUGGACCAAAGGGCUCCCUGAUUCAGGGAUUGAUAAUUAAAGAAUAUUUAAGUUUAUCUGACCAGUCUUAUGGUGUUGCUGCUUAAUGCCAGGUUGGUGUUCUAGGAUUUGUCAUAUAGGGUUUGAUCCUGAUUGAAAGAACUGACCUAGCCUGCGUUACUGAAAUCUUGGUGGGUGAUCUAGAAGGCAUUGACCAUCCUCCUGCCUUUCAGCCUCUUUGCAUGGUCUCAGAUGGUGUGUUAAGGACCCCCUGGCUUAUUCUGGGGAACCACAGUAGACACACUAGGUGUUGUCAGGCCUCUGUAUGCUCACAGUAAACCAUUAACUGCUUUAUUGUGAAGUGAAUGUAGUCACUAUAGUCCAGGCUUCCUCAGCCUCGGCCCUCCAGAUGUUUUUGGCCUACAACUCCCAUAAUCCCUAGCUAGCAGGACCAGUGUUCAGGGAUGGUGGGAAUUGUAGUCUCAAAGCAUUUGGAGGGCCGAGGUUGAGGAAGCCUGCUAUAGUCCUCCCUUAAAAACUCAGGAUAGUGUGAGAAAAAUGACUUCAUUUGCUGCUUUUUCCCCAUCUUUGUGAUCAGGGCCCCAGUAUGGUACCGUUGAAAAGGCUUGGCAUGCGUUUAUGUCUGAGGCCGAAAAGGUGAGUGAACUACACAUAGAAGUAAAAAGUGCCCUAAUGAAUGAAGACUUCGAAAAGAUAAAGAACUGGCAGAAGGAGGCAUUUCACAAGCAAAUAAUGGGUGGAUUUAAGGAAACCAAAGAAGCUGAAGAUGGAUUUAGGAAAGCUCAGAAACCAUGGGCCAAAAAGCUAAAAGAGGUAAGUGAUUGUUAUGUACUGGGUGUUCCUUGCAACUUUGUCCACUAUUCCACCUCUCCGUGCUCUUGUAUCCAUGCUGCAUUGGGUGCUUUCACAUAGAACCAUAGAAUUAAAGUGUUGGAAGGGACCCAAGGGUCAUCUAGUCCAACCCCCUGCAAUGCAGGAAUCUCAGCUAAAGCAUCCAGGACAGAUGACCAUUCAACCUGUGCUUAAAAACCUCCAGUGACGGAGAGUCUGCCACCUUCUGAGAGAGCCAACUCCACUGUUGAUCAUGGUCAACAGGUCCUUGCUUUCUGGUCCUUGAAGCAGAGAGGCACAGUAGGCUGGACUGUUGAUCUCUUUUUAGGAAGAACUGAAUGUUGCAGAAGGACAUCCUUGCAUCCAGUUCUCCCGCUUCUUUCCUCUUUUCUCCUGCCCAUAGUGUGCUGUUUCUUGAUUGGAGAAUGCAGCAGGGCCCUGUGCCUUCCUCAAGAAUCUCUUCUUUCCUCCUGGUGAGAGCAAAAGUCAGUAAUGGAGUAAUGUUGCAGCAGUUGGCUCCACUGCUAUUUUUCCCACUCUCUAGGAAAAUUGUGGCCAAUGCUCAUUUCCCUCUGGUCUUAAAGCCACAGAGAGCCAAACAUGUGCUUAAGUCCUUGACUACACGUUUUUGUUGUAUCUGUAGAUUGGAAGUCUCAUUUCCGUCUUGUAUGAGCCAACAAUUCUCCAUUGUUUCUGUGCUGCGGGAAUGCUUGCAGGGUAGCUGCUCACACAUGCUUUCCCCCUGCAAACAUAUAUACUGCCUUUUGGGUGUCCAGGGGCAGGGCCAGUGGCUAUCUCAUGAUGGGGACAGGACCAGCAACAGGGCUGUGUUAACUACACAAGGACCUCUUCAUGUGUGUAAGGUGUGAAAGGGUAUUUAUUGGCGCCUCAGUUUGGCUCACUGUACACAAAAGUACGCAGUCACUGUACUUUUCAGCAAUAUAAUGAUCAGGUUAUCUAAAGAUAUUUUGAUACCUCCUUAAGUCCUACAACAAUAUUUCCCCUCUCUCAAACUUUCUAAUCUAUGGUGGGUGCUUAUAGUGAUGCUGUACAAAGAUGAAAUUAUUGUUAAAACAUGUCACUUAGGUCGAAGCUGCUAAGAAAGCAUAUCAUGUAGCCUGCAAGGAAGAAAAGCUGGCCGUAUCCAGAGAGACUAAUAGCAAAGCUGACCCAGCCCUGAAUCCAGAACAACUGAAGAAACUGCAGGACAAAGUUGAUAAAAGUAAACAGGAUGUGCUUAAGGUAAACUGUGUGUUACUCUGAACACGGGACUUUACAAGCAUUUAUUCCAGGUGGAAAAAUAGAUUAGUAAAUAUAAGUGAUCCCAGCACAAGCGUAAAAAAUUGUCACCUUCUGUCUCAUAUUAUUAGUAUCCUUAUUCUAUUCACAUUAGGGUAUUUGGAGCGUACAUGUGCACACUUUCACUCUCACUCUCACUUUGCUGUUCAGUUGUAUGAAGUGUUCUUCUCUUCCUGUUGCAUUCUAGAUAUGCCAGUGGCAUUUUGUGUGUGUGAAUGAACUAUGUAUUGCACCUCUGAGAGUGCUCCAACAAUUCUUUGGUGAGAGAGCCCCAGCAGAGAUUUGAAAUCACAGAACAUGCAGCAAAGGAAAGCAUGGAAAGAGAUAGUCUGUUAGACCUUUCAAAUUCCCCCUUCUAAGUUGCUUCCAAAGUUACCCACUUCCAUUAGCAUAGAAAAAGACCACAUGUUAAACAUGGCUUACCUAAACACUCUGCAAAGAAAAGAGCAGCAAGAAAAGACAUAGAAACACAAAGUUCACAUGGUGGAAAGAGAAUGAUGAUACAGGAUGAAGGACUAUAGAUAUUCAAAUUUUUAUUAAUAAUAGUACAUGACGAUAAACUAUGCUUUAUUACACAGCCAGAGACUGAAGUGAGGCAGUCAACACCCAAUUGUUGUUGUUUAGUCAUUUAGUCGUGUCCGACUCUUUGUGACCCCAUGGACCAGAGCAUGCCAGGCACUCCUGUCUUCCACUGCCUCCCGCAGUUUGGUCAGACUCAUGUUUGUAGCUUCGAAGACACUAUACAACCAUCUCGUCCUCUGUCGUCCCCUUCUCCUUGUGCCCUCCAUCUUUCCCAACAUCAGGGUCUUUUCCAGGAGGUCUUCUCUUCUCAUGAGGUGGCCAAAGUAUUGGAGUCUCAGCUUCAGGAUCUGUCCUUCCAGUGAGCACUCAGGGCUGAUUUCCUUCAGAAUGGAGAGGUUUGAUCUUCUUGCCGUCCAUGGGACUCUCAAGAGUCUUCUCCAGCACCAUAAUUCAAAACCUCCAUUCUUCGACGAUCAGCCUUCUUUAUGGUCCAGCUCUCACUACUGGGAAAACCAUAGCUUUUACUAUACGGACCUUAACACCCAAUUAGAACUGUGCUAAUGGGAGACAGGUUGCCAGACUUGAGCCAGGAUAUCUUAGUGGCAUCCACCUGUAGACCUAACCUUAGCUUAGCUCUUCCGGGUCACCUGUGAGCAACCCAGUGCAGCAAGGUUAGUCUUGCCUGUGCCAUAGCCAGCUGGUCAGACCUAGUUCCCCAAUUAGCUGAUCUGAUUUGGAUUUGUUUGUUUCUUUGUCUUUAAGACGAGAGAAAAGUAUGAAAAGGCUCUGAAAGACCUGGACAACGCAACACCUCAAUAUAUGGAAAAUAUGGAGCAGGUUUUUGAGCAGUGUCAGCAGUUUGAGGAAAGACGUAUCCGUUUCUUCCGAGAAGUGUUGUUGGAAGUUCAGAAACAUCUUGACUUGUCUACUGUUCCAGGGUAAAUGUGUAAGAUGAAAGCCAUUGCAUACCAAAGUUGUCUUCUAACAGUAAAUUAUGCUAGCAUAGCUCACUAUUUAAAGAAUAUAGAAUUGGGGUGACAUAACCUAUAUUUACCGUAUUUUUCGCACCAUAGGACGCACCGGACAAUAGGACGCACUUUGUUUUAGAGGGGGGAGAACAAGAAAAAAAAAUUCUCCCCUCUCUGCCCAGCGCCCUUCAGCGAAGGGGCAGGAGGCGCUGGGCAGAGAGGGGGAGAACUUUCCCCCUCUUGUUUUCCCGCUCUAAAACAAGGUGCCGUUUAAGGUGCGUUCAGGCGGCUAUCUUGAAGCCUGGAGAGCGAGAGGGGUCAGUGCACACCGACCCCUCUCGCUCUCCAGGCUUCAGGUUCCUCGACCUGCUCUUUGGGGCUGGCGGGGGGAAGCCCACCACCAGCCCCAAAGAGCAGUUCAGGGAGCAGCGGAAAGGCGCAGCGGAGAGGCUCUUGCCAUAGCCGCCCGUCACCUCUCCAGCCGGGAGAGGGUCGCGGCCAUGGCUUAGCCCGCGCUCGGCUGGGAGGUGACGGCGGCUGGCUAAGCUGGCCCCUAGCCGGAGAGCGCGGGCUCUUAGCCCUCGCUCCGGCUGGAGAGGUGACGGGCGGCUAUGGCAUAGCCUACAGCCAGCCCUCCCAGCUGGAGAGGUCGCGGGCGCUCAGCCGCUCCUCCAGCCGGGAGAGGGUCACGGGGGGCUGCUUUAGCCCCGCGCGCGCUCUCCCGGCUGGAGAGGUGACGCGCGGCUAUAGAAGCUCCUGCCAUAGCCGCCCGUCACCUCUCCAGCCGGGAGAGGGUCGCGGGGCUAUGGCGUCUUCGCUCCAUAGGACGCACACACAUUUUCCCUUCAUUUUUGAAGGGAAAAAAGUGCGUCCUAUAGAGCGAAAAAUACGGUAAACAUUUUUCUGUUGAAUUUACUGACUUCUGAGGAGGAUUAUAGGAGGACAUGAUUUUCACAAGCUAGUGAUUGUGACUGGCUUCAUUUUAAAAGCUACCAGUGAUUUUUCUCUUUGUGUAUUACUUAAAGAGAUCUUAGUUGAUUUGGUUAAAUCUGCAUAAAUUUGAAGAUUCAGUAAGAAAAAAAAGUCUUCUUAGGAAGCAUGCACCGUCAUGGGUGUAACCCUCCUUUGUGAAAGAGAAGGGGCUUCCAAAAAGGGGUCUCCCGCCUGCAGUUUUGUUAGCACUUUUUGAAACUGCUUGUUUGUUUAUUAAGUAGAAAGUAACAAUAAGAAAACAUGAUGUUGACAAGCUGGGAACAGAAUGGUAAAUAUUAAUUAAUGUGAUUUAUUUUAGUUUAGAGCAUUAACAGUACUAACAGGCUUAUUCAGGAAUAAAUAAAUAAUAAAACAGAAAUAAAUACAAUAAUGAUAAUUGUAUUAAAUGCAUAUGCUUUGUAACAUUAUGAUAAUGGUCUACCCCAAAUUUUAUCCUCAUAACAUUCCCAAAAGAAUUGUUUGUUUGUUUGUUUAUUACCCCACCCUUCACCACAAGGUCCAAGAAUGAGUUACAGUAGUUUAUUUAUAGAAUAUUAAGAUCGGUUUUAAACAAAUACAACCCAAAGGUGAAUCCCCAAUGUGGGAGAUACAGUUGACAGAGUAUUUUAUUAAAAUACCUUUACUAAAGUAAUUAAAAUAAUUUAAAAAAUUAAGCAGGGCAGUGUUCUAAAGGCUUUUAAUAGAUUAAUCAGUUAGAUGGUUGUAAAGAUCAACUUGAGUAAGUUUAUGAUAAUGGGAGGGUAGAGCAGGCAUAGGCAAACUAUCUCAACCUUGGCCCUCCAGAUGUUUUGGGACUACAAUUCCCAUCAUCCCUAGCUAACAGGACCAGUGGUCAGGGAUGAUGGGAACUGUAGUCCCAAAACAUCUGGAGGGCCGAGUUUGCCUAUGCCUGGGGUAGAGGGUAUUUUCUCUAGAAAAACAUCCAACUCCUCCUGCCGUCAGCCUCUUUCUGUCUUCAAGAUUUGUAGUGGUGAAGUACUGGCCGCAAAACAGAAUAAUUCCAUAUAGCUUCUAACACACUUAGGCAUAGCACUAAUCUUUCCAGGAAGGAAAAACCAAUUGUAUGAUAGUGUUAUAUACAACCUACCCUAUCUCCAAAGACAGGUAGUUAAAGAAAUUAAACUCUUAAAUACUUAUAAAUACAAUUGGUCACUGAAAGAUGCCCUUGCUCACACCCAGCUUCAAAGCGUUUUUUCCAAAUAUUACUGAUCAGCUGCUUAUACGUCUCUAGAAAAUACGUUUAACAGCUAGAACACAUGACCAGAUUUUUUUUUUGCUUAUUAUUACUUGAUUAAACUAUAAAGUAAACUUCUUAUUUUUAGUUUUUUUCUCCCUCUCAGUUAUCAGGCUAAAAUGGAUGCAGGUAUGUUGCUAGUCUCAGUUUUAUCACUGAAGUGUGCAGUGCAGUAGUGCAAGCACUGACCCAAUCCCCUUGUUAGUAAAAAAAACAGCCUGUGUGUUAAACAUUUGUGAAAUGUUUCUCUCUGCUAGUUUGUAUUUAAGUAGUAAUACCAAAUAGUAAGUCUGUUGGUGCUACAGUGACAUGCCUAGUAGAUGUGCAGAUCUAAAAACAGAAUUCACCUUGCCCUUGGGAAAUACUCUCACAAUAAAGUUUGCACAAAUUUUACAGUUGAUCUGGUUUGUGUUUUCCAUCCAGAUUGACUAAUGUGGGUUGAAGCAACAAAGCUCUCUCUCUUUUAGCUGAUGAUGAAUAUGUUUAACUGCACUUAAAGGGUUAAUAUUUUUGUUAAAACAGUGGUAUGAAAAUAUUCAUCAGCUGUUUAUAGAACUGAUUAAAAAGAUAUUACUCCUUUUUCCUAUCUACUACAUGUCUGUAUUGUACCGAACCUCAUGCAGAUGUUAUAGGAUAAUACCUAGGCAAAACAUUGUAUAGCUGAAACCUUUCUGAUUUGCUCAUUGCAAUUUCUAAAUCAGCGUGUAUUACUUAACAGCUAUAAAAAUAUCUAUCGUGAAUUGGAGCAGAACAUCAAAGCAGCAGACACUGUUGAAGAUCUGAGGUGGUUUAGAGCUAAUCAUGGUCCAGGCAUGUCCAUGAACUGGCCCCAGUUUGAGGUAAGGACUUGAUCUUCUGUUGCAGCCUUUUCCUGGUGGGACCACAAAAUGGUGCUGCCAUGCCCCCCUCAAUGGGGGAAAAGGCACCUCCAUCUGCCCCGGCUGCCACACACUCACAGAGGGAAGCUCUUGGUGACUCUCCUCUCUUUGGAAUGGAUGGGAGGAGGGUGGCUGUCAUCCAGGGAGAUGUGGGUAUGUUGAAGGAGGCAUGUUCAGUGUACGAGAGGCUACGCUAGUGCAAAGAGGAACUGAGUAAGAAUAGCAAUUUUGACAUAAUGAUUACUGGACAUUUGCCAGGUACCAUAGGAGGGACUGGUGGGCAGAAGGCAACCGCCGUUGUAACGUUUCUGUAUCCAGAAUUAACCAGCAGUUUUAUGGUUCAGGUUGUGACUUAGCCACUUGAGAGAUUCUCCUUCGGAAUCUUGAUCAUGUUUGGCUCAUGUUCUUGUUUGGAAGAAUACACUAGGAAUGAAAUAAGUUAAAUAUUAUCCUCAUGUUGCUGUUUUGUUUUAAAGAGGUGUGAAAUCUAUGUCCUUUUUAAAUGGCUUCCAAUACAAAUGCAUUACAGCAUUCAGUGUAAGCUAAACCAGAUCUUUUUACCAAAGACCCUAUGUGAAAAAAGCAUAUAAGAAAUCAAAGUGCUGCCAUGUGCUAUCAGGAUAAUAUUAGCAAAUUAUUGCUGCCUUGGUAAUGUUUUUUCAUUGUGAGCUAGAUAAUAUGCAAAUGGCAAUUUAACAUUGCUUUAUGCUAAUUUUUAAAAAAGACUGUUGUAGGAAGGUUAUGUAGUUGCAGAUAUUUACAUUUCUGGCAGGAGAACUAUGGAUUUAUCUUGCCUGGAUUCGACCACAAUUGCAUUUUAGAAAUUGCAUUUUGAAACUAUUAUAAUUUAUUACCCACCUUUGCCCUAAGGCCCCAGGGCGGAUUACAAAAGUAAACCAAUGUUUAAAACAUUAUUUAAAAUCAGCUGGAUUGAUAAAAUACUCUUCAGUAUUUCUAGUAUUCUUCUUCCUGAUGGAAUAAAGCUGGAAAAUGCAUUUAAACUUAAGGCUUCAAUCUUUUGCACACUUACCCAGAGUAAACUCCACUGAAUACAGUCAGGCCUACUUCUGAGUAAACACUCUGAGAACUGUGCUAUAAAUUAUACUAAUAUAUGUUCUGUAUGUAUUCUGUGUUGGGUAUGCAAUUGUGAAGCACUAUCCAAAAUGGAAAUUACAUGUUAUAGAUGUGAUGUUAUAGCUUGUUUUCCCAUCGGUUCUACUGUUCUAAUUUGUUUGCAUUUAAAUUUUUUGCUUUAAACUGUAAGCUGGAAGCUUCUUCUUUUUUUAAAUGAAUGUCAGGCUUUAAAAUGCUUAAAAUAAAAUGCUGUCCUAACAAAUAUUGUUUGUUUAUUUUUCAUGCAACAAGGAGGAAGUAAGUUUUUUCCCCAGAUUUACUUACAGCUAAUUCUAUAACUCAGACUGCCUAAAUGGUCAUGAAAACAUGUCAAAUGACACGAGCUAUUUGUACAAUUUUCAGCUUUUUUGUGAAUGGUUACUUCCUGUGUACGUAAUUUUCCUUGCUACUUAGAAACAAUUUUCAGUUAAGGAAUUUUAAUUUCGUCCAAGGAUUUAAUAAAUAAUUUGAAUUAAGGUAGUUUGGAGGAAGCAACAGCUGUGAGAUCAAAUUUUUUCCAGAAGCUAGAGUUUUUGUUGAGAAAGUAAAACAAAAAGCUAGGUUAGCUCAUAUUUAAUUAUAUACUGCCUUUCUGCCAAGGCACCCAGAAAAAGUGUCCCAGAGUGGGGAGGUGUGGAGAGGGAUGAAAAAUAAGGCAGCAUUGAUUCAGAGAAGGCUGCAUAGUGGAGCUUUGGCAUUUAGUGUGAGGAAAGAGGGACGCGCAGCGGUAGAAGCUGGAAAGCUGCAAGCCCUUUUGAGCGGGGUUUACCAUUGCAAAGUGCUGCACAGACACACUGAUGAUCAGAAAACUGGGUUAGAUCUUCGCUUCCUUCUGCUCUAUCUGAAACAGAGAAUUACUACUGUCAGGAUAAGAUCCAAGAGGUUGAAAGGGAAGACUUUCCUUGACCACAGUGAGGCUUUACUGAGUGUAGGGAUGCAGAAAAUCCACCCAAAGCUGGAAGUCAAGUCAGACUAUAUUUAUCCCAGCCAAACCCUCUGAAAUUGCUUAAAAUUCAGAGGUACAAAAAUGGGCUGGGAAUUUGAAAAGCUGAUUGAGCAGAGUGCCUCCUCGCAAGGCAGCCCUGGAUUCAUCUGAUUUCAGGCAUUUAACGUCAGUUAUAGUUUAGGAAACAAGGGCUCUCCAAAGAGUGAAGUAGUCCUGAAAUGACCGUUUCCAGGUGAACCUUAACAGAAGGAUUUCCUUAAGGUGGUUUAUUAUGCUACAGUGCUACUUGUAAGGACUCUUAAACUUUACUCUCCAUAGCCAAUUGGGCAGCAAUACAGUGUUGCCUUGACUGAACUGAAUAUUAAGUUUUAGCAAUUCCAGGGAUUCCCAAGCCACAGUAUGGAGUGGGACAUUGCAAUGCUUGUGUCAGCGGGAACAUGGGGCAAAGGCAUUUUGUCCUUGUUUUCUAGAUUUUGCCAGUUUAUGUUCCCUGACAAUGAAUAUCUCCAGGCUAAGUUUGACAGGGUGCUUUUUGUUGUUCUUUUUAUACCACCCUUCUUCACCCAAAGAUCACAGGGUGGUUAACAAUAUAAAACCUCAAAAAUACAUACCAUAAUAACAAGCAAAAGCAAUAACCCCCUCAGUUAUUAUUAGCUAUAAUACAGGUAUGAAUGACUUAAGACUAGAAUCAGGGUUAAGACACACAAAGGGCAUUGUCCCUUUGACCCAAGAAUGGGGGUUGGUCUCUGGAAAUAAGCUGAUGCAAAACGCCUUUUCUCACUUACAUUUUCUAGGACUGGUCAGCUGAUCUGAAUCGCACUCUUAGUAGAAGAGAGAAGAAGAAAGCUGCAGAUGGGGUAACUCUGACGGGUAUUAGCCAGACAGAACCAGUUCCACAGCACAACAAAAACAGCAGGUACAUGAUCAUGAGCCCAUUAUCUUUUAGCACUAAUUGCUAAGUAUCAAAUGGUCGUACUUUGGAUUAUACUGGAAAUAUGUAGUUUUGGAAAAUUAGGCUUUAUUCAGACCUAUUUCCCCAUAAGGAGCGAUUGGGAGUAGGCUUGAGCUGACAUGUUUAUUCCUGGGCCCCUCUCCUGCUCCUUUACUAUGUGAAGAAGUGAAUGACUGACUGAACUGGGAGCUGUUGCAGUAGAUUGAAUAUGGGAUUUUUAUUGACCCUGGAAGGUUGAUAUUUUGAAAACAUCUCUAACUUCCCAGAGCCAGGAAGUCACCACAUUCUGGAAAACAUGCUUUUUCUGAUUUGUUUGAAACGUGGGUAGGAGAGCCAGAACCCUACUCUCAGUCUCUUGCUAAAGUUGGGUUGGAGUUAAUGUCCCAUCAGAACUGUAGAGAAGUAGGCAUACAUUCAUUUAAAAUCUAAGUAAAUAAAUAAAUAGGACUUGUUUUGGCAGUCAGUUUGUCAACCAAACUAAACAGCGGAGUCUUAAAAUUUUUGAUUAGAUUCCAGAAUAAGGCAAAUAAGUAGUAAUCUGUGGAAAAGAACAGACUUGCAACAAAUCGAUUCAACAUUUGGCCUUGUUGAAAACAGAUGGAGGUAAGUUUUAUAUUGAGUCAGAGCAGUAUCUAGCAGGAAGUUGUAUGCCCUGACAAAAUACAUUCCCACGCUCAAAAACUGGGUCCUCCUUCUAUGCUUCCUAACUACAGGUCUGUUUAAUUGGAGAUCCUAGUAUCGCAAUGCAUAUAGUUUACAAAGCUCUAAUCCAGGGAUAGAGAACCUCAGGCCUGGGGCCCCUCUGGCCCUCAGGAUGCCCCCCAGGCCACAUCCCGUACUAGCUGUGCUUUGUGCCCAACUUGGAUGUUCUGGCCUGCCUGACAUGUGCCAUUGAAGGCCAUUAAUGCCUCUUGCUUGCCUUGGAUGGACAAGGUGAAUGUGGAAACCUUUACUCUGGUAUGGCUGGAAUGUAACCUACUGUACAAAGGUAAGCGUUAUAUGCAUUGCCUGUGGGUCCUGGAAGGUAGUCCAUGAAGAAACUGAACACUGGUGUUGAAACAAGCUCCCCACCACUUCUAUAGUCUCCCUAGUGCCUAUACAGAAGACUUGCUAUGAGAAAUUUGGCGUUGGUCAUUCACUUGUGAAAUUGUUUAGAACUAGGUAUAGCUGCAGAAUAACACAAGCUUUAAAGAACUUUUAGUACAGCUUUGAAAGGUAGCAUCUGUUACUGGGAUUUGUUGUUCUGGGAUUUUUGUAGUUAAAGUUUGACCAGCUGAGGUAAUAGAUAAGGAAUAGUGAAUCUUUUUUUUUUUUUUAGCUCAAGGGUUGUGUUUCUUCAUAAGCAGUCUUCAUGGGGUGGGGGUGGGCAUGUGGCACUCUAGGCUAUGUUGCAGUUACACAUCAGGUUUCUGCAGACAAAACUCUCCACCCAGAGGGUUUAGCACAUUUCAAGGGCACAUUCCGGCCACGCAAAAGCUCUCAAGGAGGCCUAGAGCUGAGCUGGUGGUGAGGGAUGUGAAAUGGGGAAAGGGCAAGGUAAAAGGGCCCAGAGUGCCACCUCAGAGUUUUCCGUUCCAAUAAUGUUUUAUGUCUGCUCCAUACCUCAUACACUGAUUUUCUAAUAGUAUGAUUCAAAAACCCUCUGUGCAUUCUGACCUUAUCAUACCACGGGUAGGCGUGCCACCCGAAUCUGUUGUCAAAUCCCUCCAAAUCCAAUAUAUCUGAAUUAUCUAAGGUUAUCCAUUCCCUCAACCAACAAAAACAUGCCGCCUCGUAGUAAAUUUUUAGAUCUGGCAGGGAAAAACCACCUCUUUCUUUUGCACCUGUCAAUAUUUUAUACUUAAUUCUUGGCUUUUUUCCCUGCCAGAUAAAUUUGGACAAUCUUCUUUGCCAUAUGUUAUAUUGUUUUGUUCCACUGAUAACCGGAAUUGUCUGAAAUAAAAACAACAGUCUCGGUAACACGUUCAUUUUGAUAGCUGAGAUUCUUCCCAUCGUUGAUAAUUUCAUUCUAGUCUAUAUCUCCAGAUCUCUCUUCACUUCAUUCCACACCUUUUCAUAGUUGUCUUUAAAGAGGUUUAUGCUCUUAGAUGUGAGCCAGACUCCUAGGUAUUUUAACUUUUUUUCUAUCGACAUACCUGUCUUUUGUUGUAGUUCUCCUAUUUCUUUACUGUUCAAAUUUUUAGUUAAUAUUUUUGUCUUAUUUUUGUUGAGCUUAAAGCCUGCUAAUUGCCCAUACUCUUCAAUCUUUUUCAAAGCUUCUAUUGCACUGGACAUAGGUUGUUCUAAAGUCAAAACAAUGUCAUCAGCAAAGGCCUUAUACUUAAAUUCUUUUGAGGCUAUACCAAUCCCUUUUAUUUCUUUUGUUGCUUCUAUUUUCUUCAACAGGACCUCUAGUAUUGUUAUAAAUAACAAUGGCGAUAGCGGGCACCCCUGUCUGGUUCCCUUUGUUUUCUCAAUUUUGUCUGUAAGGUUAUUAUUAAUUAUCAAUUUAGCAUAUUAUUCCGAAUAAAUAGCCUGAAUACUAUUUAAAAAAUUUUCACCGAUAUCCAUAAAUUCUAAAUUUCUUUUCAUAAAAUGCCAAGACACAUUAUCAAAUGCUUUUUCAGCGUCCAGAAACAUUAGGGCGUCUUGUUUGUCUCUCCUGGAGUCCAGAUAUUUCGUUAUAUCAAUUAUAUUUCUAACAUUGUCCUUCAUCUGUCUACCAGAUAGAAAUCCAGUUUGGUUCUUUCCAAUCUCCUCUCCCAAUACAUCUUUAAGUCUAUUUGCCAAUAUACUGACGAAUAAUUUGUAAUCAUUAUUUAGGAGUGAGAUUGGCUUAUAAUUUUUCACCUGCCUUAAGUCCGUGUCUUGUUUGGGAAUUAGCGUAAUAUGGGCUUCUUUCCAAGUCUCUGGAAUUUUGUUCCCCAUUAAAAUGUUAUUCAUUACCUCCAUUAACGGAACUGACAGUUGUUCCACGCAUUUCUUAUAGUAUUUGGCUGUCAAGCCAUCGGGUCCUGGUGCCUUUCCUAUUAUUGCUUGUUUUAUUGCUACUUUUAUUUCAUCCACAGUAAUAAUGAAAUUGAGUUGGUUCUUUUUGUCAUUGGGAAUUUUCCGCAACCUGUUCUUUUUCAGAAAUUCUUCUAUUUUUUCCUCAUCUUUUUCUUUUUUAUAUAAUUGUUUAUAGAAUCUUUGAAAAUUCUUCCUUAUUUCUCCUGGAUUUUCUAUUGUUUUCCCUUCCACUAUUAGUUUUGUUAUCGUAUUCUGCUUUUGUCUCUUCUUUAGUUGCCAGGCUAACAAUUUUCCUGGUUUAUUUGUGAACUCAAAGCUUCUCUGGUUUAAAAAUUUAACUUUCCAUUCGAUCUCUUGAUUUAUCAAUAUUGAGAAUUGUGUCUGCAACAUUUUUAUGUUUUGUUUAGCUUGGCUAUUUUUUCGAUUAGUUGCUAAUUUCUUUUCAUUACAUAUUAUCUGUUUUAACAACUCUUCUUUUUUCUUCUCUCUCAUUCUCUUUUGAAUUGUGUUCUGCUGUAUCCAAAAUCCUCUUAUUACAGCCUUUGAGGCAUCCCAUACCACAUUAAUGUCCACUCCUUUAUUUAAAUUAAACUCAGAAUAAUCUUUCAGUGUCUUUUGUGCUUUUUCCAAUAUUAUCUGGUUAUCUAGCAACCCCUUGUUAAAUCUCCACCUAAAUGAAGUCUCCUCCUUAACUUUCAACUCCAGUGUUGUUUCAUUGUAAUCUGACAUAGUUUUCGGAAGAAUUUCAGAUUUUAUUAUUCUCGUUGCCAAAUCUCUGGAAGCCCAUAUAUAAUCAAUCCGACCAGCACUUUAAUUUGGUUCUCAAGUGGGUGUUUUAAUCUCCAUGUGUCUAUUAAAUCAUUAUUUUCCACCAAAGUGAAAAAUGUUUUGGGCAGUUUCCCUUGAUUCGUUACCUUUUCCCUUUCCGUUCUAUCCAUCCCUGGGGAAACUACCCCAUUAAAGUCUCCCAUUAUUAUUAUUUUUUGGUCCAUAAAAUCAAACAGCUUCUCCUCUAGUUCUUUGUAAAAGUUCACUUUUUUGUCAUUCGGUACAUAGAUUCCCACCAUAAUUAAAUUUUCCCGUUGUGCUACCAUUUCCACUGCUAUUAUCCUUCCAUUAUCAUCCUUAAAAAUCUGACGAGAUUCAUAUUUUUCCUUUAUAUAUAAGGCCACCCCUCUUUUUUUACUGUCAUCUGCUGAAAUAUAUUCCUUCCCUAGUCUUUUAUUUUUAAGAAUUAUUUCAUGUUUUUUUUGCCACAUGUGUUUCCUGUAUACAAAUUACCGUAUUUUUCGCUCUAUAAGACGCACCAGACCAUAAGACGCACCUAGUUUUUGGAGGAGGAAAACAAGAAAAAAAUAUUCUGAAUCUCAGAAGCCAGAACAACAAGAGGGAUCACUGUUUUCUUCACCAUCUCCUCCAGGGCUUGGGUCUUUAUCCUUACCUCUCCCAGUUGGCCUUUUAAUUCUGCCACUGAUUUAUCAAUUUUUCCAUCCAUUUUAUCAAAUUUACUAUCCAAGAUUUUUUCAGUAUCUUUAAUAUCUUUCCGAAUAUCUGCCAGUAUCUCUGUAAUGUCUAUUCUGGGCUCUUCCUGUUUUGAAUUCCUCCUAUCUGUUCUCUUCAGCUGCCCAUUCAGCCUAAUCCAAUUCUUAAAGUCACAACCACCAAUAAAAAAAUAGUCCUCAGGAUCCAAAAUUAUUAAAGAACCCCCCUCUUCGGUCUCUUCAAUGACCUAAUCAUCAGUAAUGAUAUCAGAGUACAUCAGCAGAUCUCAGUUCCCUCAGAUUUAAAGCCGCAUCUCCCAGUGCGUCAGGAUCAAGCAACAAAUAUUGCACGUCCAAUGCUUCUGAGUGUCUUUAUAUAGCUAUUUCCCCCCUUCCCCAAAGGGCUGACGGGGGUUAGCUAUUAUAGCCACUUGUCUCCGUUUGUAGCUAAAGCACUGAUAUACUUUCAAUAUUGUAGUAGAAAACUUACUGCGCCAUUUUCUCGUCUGCAGUGAGACGGACUCCCUUCUUUUGCCAAAUAAGUCCAAAUUUUCUCCACUUGCCUUCGGAUUAUCUUUUAAUGUCGGGAAAUCAGCUGCCUUUGCCAUCGGAACUAGAGGCUUCACUCAGCAGAAGUAGCAAGUAGACCCCCUUGCACCCGCGCCUCCAUCCCCUCGGGUUUCCAAACCUUUUUACGGGUCCGUCUGCCUUUGGGGAGAUACGCCAGGGGUGCCGCUGGGUCCGCAGCACCCAAAACUCCCUUUUGGGUUUUUUACCGGAGCUCACAGUGCCCUUGUGAAGCUCCAAUCUUCUGCUAAGCUCGGAUUUUCCCCAAGAGGCUAAAUCCGCGUCCGAAAUGGCCCCUGCAGCCAACAGGAAGUCAGGACAUUCAUAAGUUUUAUUUUUCAUUCUACUUCCUGAUUCACCAACAUAGAAAAUUGUGUGUGUAACGUUUUGAUAGUUUGUUUUAUUUGUUCAUCUUUUGGUUUUAAUGUUAAUUUUUUUCUCAUUUUCCACAAGUUGGGCUUGUCUGAUUGGUAAAUGACUUCAGAAUGUAAACAUGCAUUGUAACCUGUAAAAUGGUAUUAAUUGCUGUACUUUUUAGAGUCCUUGCUAUCAAGACUGAUUUGGAGCGCACUGCCCACAUUGUGCACUCCAUACUUCCCUGGCUAGCGCUAACUACGAUUUGAUGUGAAUCAGAAUCAAUGUAUCCAUUCUUAUUGCUAAGCAUUAUAUGCUCAGAAACCAGCUUGAAACUGGGAUCCUAGGCUGGCUUCUAUAGUGGCAGGUCAGACACUUGUGACACUGAAUCUGAAGUGUCUCUGUAGCGAAAUAAAAUGGAAAUGGCUUUGGCAGAAGGGGAGACGUGUUUCCGUUUUAAGUAAGUGUUGGGAAGGUAAGCCAUCCAAAGAGAAGGAUGUGCAUGGCUCUGUUCUUAAUUGCAUGUAUAUUGAUUGACUCUGUGAAAUGGCAGGGUCACCUUCAUGAUUUUUCUCUCCCAAAUAGCAGUGUUAGUGUUCCGGGUGACACAGUGCAGUCAGUUCAGUCAAGUUACAAUCCCUUUGAAGAUGAAGAGGAUACUGGAAGUACUGUCAGUGAAAAGGAGGACAAUAAAAUCAAAAAGUUGGUGAAAGACGGUUUUCAAACUGUUUUUUAUACUUACACUUUUCCUAUCCAGGGUUUCCAACUCCGGGUUUCUACAAAAGCCUUAUGUUGCACAAUGCAUGAAGUCCUUGUUGAACGGUUAUUUUGUUGCAAACCCGACCAACUAACCUCCCAAUGCUCUGUCACUGUUUUGUUUUCUGGUUGGUUUUCCUUCACUGGUUCCACAAAUAUUAACUGCGGUCAUGUGCUUUGAAACUACUGCUGGAUCUUUGCUACUGGCUGUGCUCACUAGGUGUUCCCCCCUCCCCUUUCUCACCGUUUCAUGUUUUUUCCUCAAAUGAACAUGUUGGCCUUGAUGUUUCUCUUGGUGGUCCAUAACCUCUGUGUUCACUCUUAUUGUCUCUAAGGGCACUGUGAUGUGAAAAGAGGCGAAGCACAGCAUUGCUAAGCAGGUGCCCAGAAGUAGCCUGGCAGGGGGUGGGAUAUCUAGAAUUGAUAUCCCACCUCCUGCCAAGCUACUUGUAUCAGGGAAGCUAACAUAAUUUUUCCGUGUGUUUAGUGUUAGCAGCUCGGAGAAAAACCAAAGUUACUCUGCGGACUGGUCCGAUGAGGAGACCAACAAUCCUUUUUCAUCCAAUGAUGCUCCAGCAGAAACAAAUCCAUUUGAUGAGGAUACAUCCCCUACGAUGGAAGUUAGAGUACGGGCAUUGUAUGACUAUGAAGGUCAAGAGCUUGACGAACUAAGUUUCAAGACUGGUAAAUACCCUUUACUUUUUUCCCCUGCCCUAAAAAGAUGCAAGGCAGGAUUGGCCCAAAACAUUUUGCUGCCUGAAACAGAAGAGCAAAUGGCAAAGGUACAUAAGUGUCAAUGCCAGCCACAAGCAUCUCUAAGACCAUAAGAGCCUGGCUGCAGGAUCAGACCAAGGACCCAUCCAGUCCAGCAUUCUGUUCUCACAGUGGCCAAUCAGAUGCCUAAGGAGCGCCUGCAAGCAGGACCGGCAGGCAGCCUCCCUCACCACUUGGGAUAUUGCCUCUGACAGGGAAGGGACAAUGUUAGCCUUGGUAUCCUUUACCCUCAUGAAUUGGGCUGAUCGCCAACUUAAACCCAUCCAAGUUUGUGGACAACACUACAAUUUGUGGAACCAAAUUCCCUAGUUUUUGUGGUGUGAAGAAAUAGUCCAUUUUGAAUCUCCCACCCUUCUGCUUCAUGGAAUGACCGCAAGUUCUAGUAGUAUAAGAAAGAGAAAGAAAACUUUCUCCACCCCAUACAUACCAUAUUUUUCGCCCUAUAGGACGCACUUUUUCCCUUCCAAAAAUGAAGGGGAAAUGUGUGUGCGUCCUAUGGGGCGAAUACAGGCUUUCGCUGACGCCUGGGUGCGCACCGACCCCUCUCACUCUCCAGGCUUCAGGAAGCUAUCCACAAGCCUUGCAAGCCCAGCGGGAGGUCCCGCGGGCUCGCAAGGCUUGCGGGCAGCAGCCUGCAGCCCACAAGCUCAGGGGACAGCGGGGAGCCGCAGCGCCGCCACCCCGCUAUUCCCGGACCUGAUCUGGAGGCUGGCGGGGGGAGGGGGGCGAGAAGCAAGCUUGCUUCUCCCCAUCGCCAGCCCCACAAGCUCGGGGGAUAGCGGGGCAAGCCGCUGCCCCGCGGAGGCUAGAGAGGCUGUCCCUGAAGGCAGAAGAGCUUGGGGAUGGCUGCGCAAACCUGGGGGGGGGGAAAUAAAUUUUCCCCCCUUGAUUUCCCCCCCCCAAAGAAACUAGGUGCGUCCUAUGGGCCGGUGCGUCGUAUAGGGUGAAAAAUAUGGUAAUCUGAUAUACAGUGGUACCUCGGGUUACAGACGCUUCAGGUUACAGACUCUGCUAACCCAGAAAGAGUACCCCGGAUUAAGAACUUUGCUUCAGGAUGAGAACAGAAAUCGGGCGGUGGAGCGGGAGGCCCCAUUAGCUAAAGUGGUGUUUCAGGUUAAGAACAGUUUCAGGUUAAGAACGGACCUCCGGACCGAAUUAAGUUCUUAACCCAAGGUACCACUGUACCCCUAUCAUGUCCUUCAUUACUCGUCCUUUCCCUAACACAAAGCUCCCAAAUUUUUUAAGCUUUCCUUACAAGGGAUCAUUUUGGUUGCCCAUUUCUGAACCCUUUUCACUUCUACAGUAUCCUUUAUCAGAUUAAAUGCCAGUAGUCAAAGUGCAUUUGCUGUAUAACGGCAUUAUGAUAUUGCCAGUUUUGUUUUCAAUCCCGUUCCAUGGUAUUCAGCUUUUUACAGCUGCGGCACGCAGGACCAAAAUCUUAAUAGCGCUUCCUGAUCCUGGUCAGUCACUGCCACUUCGUACCCCAUGGGUGUAUAUGUGAUAUUAGGAUUUUUUGCCCCAAUGGGCAUCACUUUCUACUUGUUUACUUUUAAUUACAUUUGCUAUUAUACUGCCCAUUCACCCAGUUUGGAGAGCUCCUUUUUCUAGGGGAUUUAAACCUGCUCUGCAACCUUCUUAUCCCAGGCCUGUCCAGAAACAUUUCCCUAAAAAUAUUUGCCUAAAAAAAAAUCAAUACACACAUUGACAUUACACAGCUGUGUCUGACUAGCUGGCCCUGCACUCAGAGCUGGUAGCAACUAAUUUGCCUGAUAUCCCUGAUUCCCUGAGACCAGCAGGUAUAAGGCAGUUUAUAAAAUCAAUAAAUAAUAAUAAUAAAUGAUGAUAUCUGGUGUUUUUUAUCCAGUUAACAUGGUGCUUCAAUGGAUGCUUUGAUUAUUAUUUUUGAAGGGAUGGGAGGAGCAAUGUAAUAAAACCCGGAUUUCUAAUGCUCUGAUGCUUAUUGGGGCGAAGAGGCAGUACUGUAACUGCAAUGGGAAGACCCAUUUUCCUGACACACUCCAGGGGAGUAGCUAUUUUGGGGGUUCUGAAAUUACUUUCUCUCCUCACAGGGGAAGAGCUAACUAAAAUAGAAGAUGAAGAUGAACAGGGUUGGUGCAAAGGCCGCUUGGACAAUGGACAAGUUGGACUCUAUCCCGCAAACUAUGUCGAGGCAAUCCAGUGACAAAGAAUUGUAUAGAAGUGCUGUAGUAAUUGUCAGUCGGUAUGCAGUUGGUGGCCCGCCAUGAAGAGAACUGAAAUGUGUUCAAAUUGUAUAUAUUUCCUUUAAUGCAAAUGAAUUAUGGAUUGAAAUAUGUGUUCCCAGGGGACAAGAUAACAAUUCAGACCGAAACUGGGAAAGGUUGGCAGCUUAUGCACAGCACAAAAUAACCAGGCCAGAGUGGAAAUUUAGUUGGCAAGAAAAUGAUAUUCUUAGAACUUAUUGCCAAUUUGCUGUUUUAUCAUGCCUUAUGUAUAUUUUGAAAUUUGCUGCUGCCUCAGUCCCAGUUUUCUGGGUGGUAGCUUGCAUUGAUUCUUGCUUAAAUCACUUCUUUUAAGUGACCUAUAAUAAUUUGCAAUAAAUUGCAACUUGUUUUUAUAAUUGCAAUUUUUUAUCUGUUCUUAGCAAUAUUUGAAAGAUGCAUUUUUUUAAUUUAAAGACUAUGUAGCCUGCCAUCUUUUCAUGCCUGGUUCAUCUUCUACUACUUAAGUUAUGAAUUUGAUUAUUCCUCAGUUUACAUUGUACUGUUAACUUUUCCAUGUUAUUAGCAUGCCUUAAUGGUGUAAAAUGCCAAAUUGGGUCUGUUACAUAACAUUGUAGCAUACUGUCUGCAAAUGUUAGUUUGGGUUUCUGGAAUGCCAAUGAUGCAUUUUGGCACCAGAAACAUGAAUUUUCCAAAUUACGACUUCCAAGUGGAUUUCUAAAAGUAUAAUAUUUAAACCUAUUUCCAUCAUAUUCUUGCUGAGAAAUUUACAUUUUGCAAGAUGUUAAUGAUUUUGUGCAAUUUGGAAACGUCUACGAAGAUUAUUUUUUCAAGCAAAAGACUGUAAAAUAGAUUAAUGCUUUUUUUUAUUGAGAUGCUCUUUAAGUUGUGCAUAUGUGUAUAUAUAAUUUGAUAUUCAAAUGUUUAAAGAGCAUAUCCUAAUUAGCCAGCCUAUUGUCUAUGCAUUAGAUUUAAGGUGGAGUCCAGCACUAGUAAAUGUGAGUUUGCUAUCCAUGUCAGUGGGACGUUGCAUCUUUAGAGCAAGCCAUUUAAAUUAUAACAUAUUUAAAUUGUGCUUUGACAGUGCAUACUCAUUUAAACAUAAAGUAGAUCAGCUGCUCAACCCAGUGCACUGUGGAUGUAGUAGCUGGGAUAUAGGAUAUAGGAGCCCAGUUUUGACCCUCUUCCAUAUGGAGUGAUUUCAGGAGGAAGAGAUCUGCAUGCACACAUAAUACGUCCCUGUCCACCCCAAUCUCACUUUCCUUGAUGGAGGUGGAGGAGUGAGGGCUGCAUGGGGAGUUGCAAGGUACGCACAAGAUUCCCACUCCUUGUAAAGGCCUCGGGGGGGCGGGGCGGGAGAAGACCAGUCUUCCUCUAUGCGUUCCUGGGAUCCUUCUGUGGGCCUUGCAUCCACAGUACACUGGAGUGAGGCCUAAGUAUUAUGUGACUUUGAUUUUCAAAUAAGAUGAACAUAGUAGUUACAUCCUAAUAUUAAUAUUUGUAGGUAGAAUCGUGGCUCCAAAUAUAAACUCGCAGUAGCCCCACUGUGGAUUAUUGUAGCAGAACACUGUAAAAUCUACUUGUUUGAAAUUGCAAAUCAACUGUAAAAGCGUGAAAUUGUAUACAUUUGUAGGAGAUCAAAUAGCUGGAUUGUGAACAUGUUGGAACAAGUUGCUUUAUAGAAAAUCUAAAUCUUAUCCGAUAAGUAGAAAUGCUAUUUUAGGGAACUACACUGUAAUUGAAAUAACUUUUUGGCAAUUAAAAUGCUGUAAGUGCUCCUGGUAUUACAUUUGCUUUUGGAGAUCAAUAUAUUUAUUAACAUAUGAAGUUCAAUUGUAUAAGGUUCAGUAUUGGAUCGCUGCCAACAUAAUAUUCCAGCAUAAUUGUUCAUGAACAGUAGAUUUGCCACAAGUGGUGAAAAAUAAGUCUGGAGUAUUUUUCUGUAUAGCACACUAUUUUAAAAAUAAUAAAAUCUUAAAUAUGCUGAACACAAAUUUACUGUGAAAG